AUGGGGAGUCUGUCCUCUCCUCUCCUGCUGUCAGCUCUCUUCCUGGUGAACUGUGAGUAAUACUUUGCAUUAUCUUUAAUGAUGUGACAACGUUCUAGAGCCUAGUUAGUGUAUCUGAUCAUCAUUUUACCAUCAAUGUAUCUGUGUAUCACUCAUUCUGCAUUCUACUGACUGAGAUGCUGUAACGAUACGGGACUUUAAAUAUAUGUAGUAAGAACCCCCAUUGGUCCUAUAUUGUCACAGGGAUUGUCACUGUGUUUAAAAAAAAAAAAACCUGCUGUGUUAUAUAUAUAAUAAAUAAUAAAUAACUGCUGUGCUUUAUAUAUAAUAAAUAAUAAAUAACUGCUGUAUUAAAUAAUACAUGUAUGUAAUUUUUCAUAUUUUUAUCUUUAUAUAUAUAUAUAUAUAUAUAUAUAUAUACAUAUAUAUAUAAAGAUAAAAAUAUAUACAUGUUAUAUAUAUAUAUAUAUAUAUCUAUAUCUAUAUAUAUAUAUAUAUAUAUAUAUAUAAUACACAAGAUCCAGCGCACUUAUUCACUAAACAGCAACUUCAAUGCUGACAGAUGUUAUUAUUUUUAUUUUAUUUUUUUAAACACCUAAUCCAGGCAAAAAUAAUGGGGGUUUGGUUACAUUAUAUGAUCAUACAUUGCAUAAGCCUGCCACAAGGUCAAUGUACCCCAUUUUUGGCAGGUCCUACUAUAUAUUAUAAUUAAUACUAUACGUAUAUUAUUUAUAUAUAUAUAUAUAUAUAUAUGUAUAUGUAUAUGUAUAUAUAUAUAUAUUUAUAAUUUUAUAUAUAUAUAUAUAAAAUAAAACAGUACAUGUAUAUAACUUUUUAUCUUUUUAUAUAUUUAUUUUUAUAUAUAGCCCUGAUACGUUAAUAUAUUCAUAUAUUCAUACAUAUUAAUGUAUUCAUACUUAUUUAAAUAUCUUUUACAAAUAAAAAAAAAAUCCCUUUGUUUCUGCAUUUUAUUUAUGCUGAACAAUUUUGAGACCUGGAAAAAAAUGUAUAUGUAAAUAAUAAUAAAUAUUAACUAGACUGGACACCUGAGCUAUUUUUGAGCUAUAAUUUAACAAAGGCCUGACUGAGCAUAGUGGCCUGGGUAGUUCAGAAACAUGUGGGGUCCAAUACUAGACAUUGCCUUAUGCAAGUGUACAGUAAUGCUGAGUACCACUGCAGGAAUACUAAGUAUCAACAGUGAUUUAUGUGUUGCAGUGUGCAGUGAUGCAGAUUAUCUACACUCUGUUUGACAGUUGCUUGCAGGAUACAACAGUUCUGCUUUUUAUGUUAAAUGUGUAGGAGGCUGCAAUAUGCAGAAUAAUAUGUACUACUCCUAUAUUUAUAUGAAACUAUAAAGGGAUUUAUCCAGGCAUAGGCAACCUUUGGCACUCCAGAUGUUUUGGACUACACCUCCCAUGAUGCUUUGCCAGCAUUAUGGGUGUAAGAGCAUUAUGGGGGAUGUAGUCCACAACAUCUGGAGUGCCAAAGGUUGCCUAUCUAUCCCUGUCAUAGACUAAGAGAAGACAGACAUUUAAUGUGUGUGCUGGAGGUGUGCUCAAUGGGACAGACUAGUCCCAUGUAAAUAAGUCAAGUGUUGGAUUUGCACAAAUUCAUUUCACAGCACUGUUUGCUGCUGUGUAAAGAUAAAUCAAUGCAUUGUGUUAUUGUGUGGAGCCUUCAAACAAGUGCACGACAAAAAUUAUGAUCUGUAAGAAUUGGUGGAAAGAUGGGGUGUGUGGAUCAAAAUAGAGGGACUGUUUUGGAUGAAAAAGGAGGUUUGGAAGGUAUGAUACGAGUGAUCUGUGCAGUGUUGACAGGGGACAAGCAACAUUUAGACAAAAAUCUGUGAACUGGAAAAAAGAAACAUUUACCAGAAAUAUAUAGUUUUAAACUCUUCUGUCUUGUCCUAAAGUCAUUGGUCAGCCCGCCUCACUUUGUGCUUUAGUAAAAAGAUCUCAAUGUACUCCGUACAGUUUGAAUCAAUUGUUGGAUAGUUUUCCAGGCCAGUUUUUUUUUUUCUUUUCCAAAUGUAACCAUUCUGGCUUCAAUCUGCUCCAAUCGAGGUUUAGUGAAUAAACCCUAUCAUGUAAACAUAUUGUUUAAAAAAAAUAAAAAAAUAUAUAUAUAUAUAUUAUUACUAUUAUUAUUAAUAGCUACUUGUACUAAGUUGGGGAAUAUGUUAGGACCUUAUAAAUAAUAUAGUUAAAUGUAUUUACUUUUUAUUUUUUUAAAAUAUAUUAUCUGUGUAAACAUAGGGAGGUAGUUUUACUCCAUACUUUUACUUUAAGAGAACCUGAUGACUGCGUCACUUCUAGGUUAGAACUCACUGCAGAAGCUGCCAAGCCCAGGGGUAUGAUAGGUUAAUGAUGUAUAAUCUUGAAAUGCAUUAAUGGUGGCAUUUUAUGCACGCGAUGUGGUAACCAGGGUCCUGUCACUGCCUCAUACAAAUAUAAGGCAGAGAAUACAUAAUAGCUUUUACUAAGGCAUCAGGUGUAGUGAAGCCCUGAAUAUGUGUCUUAUAACAGCACUAACCUCUAACUGGAACAUAUGAUGAUGUUAAUAACUUUGGUCAGGAACAUGGCAAGUCCUCACUACAGGGAAUUUUGGGCUAGUGACACAUCACUGUUUGUCAAGUCAAUAUUAACAGAGUUAUUAACUAAAGUGAAAAUUCAAAGUGAAUUUCAAAUUUAAAGAACCACAGCCGGUCAAGGUAUCAGCGAAGCAGACUCUUACAUCACCAAAGACUCGAGGCACUCGGUUAACAUCAUUAGAAGAGCAGUGCUGUUCCCCCGAAGUGAGGCUCGAGGUGGAACGCACUGUGGUAUUCACGCCGUCCUCACCGGCGAUCAGAAUUUGGAUGACAGCAUCUGGAACAUCAUCCUAAUCCAUCCGUGCCCAAGUUAAGGUUUCUUUGCAAUUUUUCUUACCUGUUAGAGACCGGUAUUGUGACUGUGGAUCUUAUUUGAUUAAUAUUUUUUUUAACUAUUUUUAAAGUAUUUUGAAUAAAUUGGACUUUUUAUCCUCUCAGUUGUUUUUUAACCAUUUCUAUACUAUACAGUAUUUGGUGGACAGUGCUGGUCUAUCUGUUCCUAGCGAGAAUUGUACUUGCUUAAUGGUAAACAGUAUUAUUUGAAGAAUUUUAUAUCAUCUGGCUGAGUUAUCAGAUUAUCUUUUUAUUUUUUACUAUUUUUUAACCAGUAUACCGAUCAACUAGUUAUAUUAGUCAUCUUGGGAUACUUCAUUUUCUUGAAUUGAAAGACACACUACACAAUAUCUGCAGAACUAUUCUUAAACAUCGUUUUAUUUUGUAUGACUCUUUACAGUCAUCUAUUUAAACGCAACAUUGUGUCAUGUUUAAUUCCGUUUUUGCUACUAUCUGAAUCAACAGUAGGCUCCUGGAUACUUGUGACUAAUGCUUUAGCACUCUACAUUUUAAAGGAACGCAUGUAUUCACAUGUACCCCUGUCUAUACAGCUGUGAAAACACAGUUUAGAUCCACGGCCCCCCCUGUCAGUAAAGUAAAAGGUGAUUUUACUCACCUUUAUUCCAUUACACGUGGUUCUCCUCACGGCUGGCCCUGCCUCCUUGGGUGAGAUCAUCAAACUUGAUGAUCUCAGCAAAUCCCAUGAGAAAGCAUUGGGAGGCUAUUGCAAAUGCACGGCAAAAUGACACUCUGCACCAAUCAGCAUCUCCUUAUAGAGAUACAUUGAAUCAAUGCAUCUCUAUGAGGAAUGUUCAGUGUCUCCAUUGAGGGUGGAGGGUGGAGUGUGCAGCGCUGCCCCAGGAAACACCUCUAGUGGCAUUCUGAGUGACGGUAUCCCUAGGAAGCAAAUACAGUGCCUAUGGGUUUGGAACCUGCUGGCAUUAUUAAGUAUGCAGAUUCUCAUAAAUGCCAGCAGAAUAUAGAAUAUUAUAUGGACGAGUUCAUAAGGGCCACAUACAGUAAUGGAGUCGCAGCUGUGAGCGGGCCAGUCACUCGAGUUGGCCUGGCCUGGCCGCAACCCCACCGACCGUGGGCCGUCUGCAUACCUUCAGGGCCAGUGUACUGCUGCACCAACCUGGGGCCCGUGGUUGCCUGGUUACCGUCCGGAGAGGAGAGCUGUGCUGCUCCCCUUCUGCCGCUGUGUGUAGCGUGGCAGAGCUGUCUGACAGGAAGAGCUCACUGAUUUCCUGUCAGUCCUGGUAACGCGGUUGGUCAGGGUGAACAGGUACACAAGGGGGGUGGGGAAGAGAAUGACACAUGGAGUGGCUGGGGGGAGAGGGAAUGGGACACAUGGGGGUACUGGGGAGAGGAAAUUACAUAUAUGGAGGUACUGGGCUAGGGAAUGACAGUCAUGGAGGGGCUCGGGGGAAUGGGACACAUGGAGGGUCUGGGAGCUAGGGAAUGACACAUAUGGUGGGGCUGGGAGGGAAUGGGAUACAUGGAGUGGCUGGGAGGAAAUGGGAUACAUGGAAGGACUUGGGGUGCGCAAAUGACAUGGAGGGGCUGAGGGGGAGGGAAUGAGAUAUAUGGAGGGGCUGGGGGGAGGGAAUGAGAUACAUAAAGGGGCUGUAGGGGAGCGAAUGACACACAUGAAGGGACUGGGGGGUGAGCAAAUGUGACACAGGGAGGGGCUGGAGAGGAAAGAGAAUGAGACACAUUGAGGGACUGGAGGGGUGAGGGAAUGGGAGACAUGGAGGUGCUGGGGGAAAGAGGGAAUGAGACACAUGGAGGGGUUGGGGAGGAGAGAAUGAGACACAUGGAGGGGUGGGGGGACUAGGGAAUGAGACACAUGGAGGGGCUGGGAGGGAACGGGACAUGUGGAGGGGCUGGAGGGGAGAAAAUGACACAAAUGGAGGGUCUGUUGCGGAGGGAAUGAGACACAUAGAGGGAGUGUGGAGGAGGGAAUGACACAAAUGAAGGGACUGGGAGGUGAGCAAAUGAGACACAUGGAGGGACUGGAGAGGUGAGGGAAUGAGACACAUUGAGAGACCUGGGAGGGGGGUAGGGGUGAGGUAAUGAGACACAUGAAAGUGCUGAGGGGAUGAGGGAAUGAGAAACAUGGAGGGGUUGGGGGGAAGAGAAUGAGACACAUGGAGGGGCUAAGAGGGAGGGAAUGAGACACAUAGAUGGACUGUGAGGGAGGGAAUGACACACAUGGAGGGACUGGGGGGGUUAGGGAAUGAGACACAUGGAGGGACUGGAGGAGUGAGGGAAUGAGAAAAGUCUCUGUUUCUUUUGCUCCUUCCCCAGCCCCUCUGUGUCUCUUUGUGUCAACCCAGACCCUCUAGGUGUCUCUCUUCCAAGCCCCUGUCUGUCUCUUUUGCCCCUUCCACAGCGUCUCUGUGUGUCUCUUUCUAUCCAUAGCGCCAUUUGUGGGUCUCUUCCCCUCCAGCGCCUUGUCUCUUUCUCCCCCAGCCCCUCUAUGCCACUUUGUGUGUCCCCAGCACCUUCAUGCAUCUCAUCACCCUACGUGUCUCAUUCCCCCCAAGCCUCUCCAUGUGUCUAAUUCUCCUAGCCUCCCCAUGUGCCUCAUUUUCUCAGUUCCACAUGUGUUUCAAUCCUCCAGCCCCCCCCCCCCAUGUUUUAAUUUCCUCUCCUCCCUCCCCAUGUGUCUUACCCUCCAGUGUUAAUGUUGGCGGCAAAUUUCAAUUUAGUUUUAGUCAUAGUGAGGGAAUGAGACACAUGGAGGGACUGGGAGGUGAGGGAAUGAGACACAGGGAGGUGCUUGGGGAAUGAGGGAAUGAGACACAUGGAGCGGCUUGGGGGAAAAAAAUGAGACACAUGGAGGAGCUGCUCCCCUUCUGCCACUGUGUGUAGCAUGGCAGCGCUGUCUGACAGGAAGUGCUCACUGAGAGAGGUCGGUCAGGGUGAACAGGUAGACACACAUGGAGUGGCUGGGGGGAGAGGGAAUGACACACAUGGAGGGGCUGUGGGGAAUAGGACACAUGGGGAGGCUGGGGGGAGAAAUUUUUUGCACCAGGAUCCAGUGAUUUCUAGUUACGCCUCUGGCCAAUAAAUAUGACUACUUUGUUAUAAUUGUUACUUUCCUCUUGCAGUCCACGGAUAAGCCUUGUAAUCAGUCAAAAAUCCUACAUCCUCUCCCCUCUCUUGCUGCUAGAAUACAACCAUGUCGUUUUGAACCAUAAUUGUUCACAAGGAACCGAGCGGAAACUUUUGAUGGAUACAUUUGUUUCUCCUCUGUGUGUAGUCUGGAUUUAGAAUGUAGAGAUGCUUUAUUUAACAUAUUUCAUUUUGCAUUGUUUUGAAAUGGAGCACUUAAUAAAACCUUUGUAUAAAAUGGUCAAACAAAAUAUUGUUUAUUCAAUACUGUAGGCUUAUUAGAAGAAGAUCUAAUAAAUUGUUAUAUUCCAAUCAGUUUACCGUACCAUCUUAUCAACCUUCUUGAUAUAUAUAUAUAUAUACUAGUCUACGUAUUUGCUUGUUUAGAAAGUAGUUUUGCUGACUCAAUGCUGUCUGUCAAAAACAAUUGAAAUACAUUACGGUGAUGCGCAAAAUGCAUUGUGUCAAGAAAUAUAAGAGAAACACGCAUUUUAAAGGAUAUGUUCACAUUCUUUUUUACAGUAAAUUUUAAACUAUAGUGGCAUCUAGUGGAUGAUUGCUAAUGAAACCAUAUAAAUUAAUUGCAUUAAUGUAUCAUUUAUUUUCUUCACAUUUCACUAACUUUUUAUUUUUGAAUAGGCUUUUUCUAAUUAGUGAAAUAUAUAUUCAGUGAAUUUGUGCUUCUGACAUGUAGAAGGGUCAACAAUGCUGCUUCUUUAAGCAGUUGACGAGCAUUACCCCACCGCUCUUAUCUUCCUCCAAUAACAUACCAAUCACUGUUUUUCCGUGAAUUCCUGCAUAUAUAUAUGUGAGACAUCACGUGUUUGCGUUAUUCAUGGAAAGAUGAAAGGAAUUUACCAGUAAGCCAAUCAAUCUAGAAUCCGAAUCAAAUCUAACAAAUGUAUGAGUAAACAAAUGAAACUAGAUUUCUAUCUAGCACAUAUAUUAGCAUGCCAAUAAAUCCAACAUUCAUAGAUUGUAAGCUCUUUGAGCAGGAUCUUCUUCACCUCUUGUCUCUGUUCUAUUUUCUAUGUAAAUUAACUUGUUGUCAGAUGUCCCCUUUUUAUAAUUGUGAACCACUGAAGAAUAUGUUGGAAUAUGCCACAAACACUGAUCAUCCACAACAUUAAAAUCACUUGCCUAAUAUUGUGUAGAUUCCCCUUGUGCUGAUGCAUCGAGGCAUGGGCUUCACAAGACCUCUGAACUUGUCCUGUGGUAUCUGGCACCAAGACAUUAGCAGCAGAGUCCUGCAAGCUGAGAGGUUGGACCUCCAUGGAUCCGAUUUGUUGUUCCAGCUGAAAAGGGCCAAUGACAAGCACACCCCAUCUCAAAGUGAGCAUGUUGGUUCAAUGCUCUUCCAGGGCAGACCAUGCGCAGAGCUCUGCUGAAGAGCUCUAGCAUGAGAAAAAGGCCCUGUAUUUAUUCUGCACAGCUCAAGCAAAUUUAAUAACAUGCUUGCAUUGUGUUUGCUUGAAACCUGUCUCUGGUGUCUCCAUUAAUGGGAUACCAGGAGACAAAAAUGCCAGGAAAGAGUAGUGUGCAUGUGUUUGGAGCCUGCUUCUGGAAUUGCGUGUGUGUAAAGUGAGCUGAUUGUGGUGUGGUUUUGUGUUAAUAGGUUGGUUUCAGUCAUGUUGUGUUUGUGGUGUAAUGUAAUCUAGGUGCUGUAGAGAGUGUGUGUAUAGGGGGCAUAGUGUGUAUAGGGGAUGUAGCGAGUGUGUGCAUACGGGCUGUAGUGUAGAGAGUGUGUGUUUAGGGAAUGUAGUAUGUGUUUGCUUACAAGGAAUCUAGUGUGUGCAUAGGGAAUCCAGAGUGUGUAUGUCAGAAAUGUAAUGUGUAUGUAGGUGGUGCAGUGUGUGUGUAGGGGAUCUAGUGUUUGUUUGAAGAACUCAGACUGUGUAUAGGAGAUCUAGUGAGUGUGUGUGUGUAGAGGAUUCAGAGUGUAUAUCGGGAUCUAGUGUGGUGUAUAUGUGUAGAUGAUCCAAAGUUGGGUAAGGGAUCUAGUGUGUGUCUGGAAUGUAGUGUGUUUAUGGGUGAAAUAUGUGUGUGAUGGGUUCUGUAGUAUAUAAAGAUAUAUGUUUGGAAGCAUUGUGUGUGUGUGAGUGGUGCAGUGUGUUUGGGGUCUGUUGUGUGUAUGUGUGAGGUGUGCUGUGUGUGUGUGAAGGGGGUAGUGUGUAUGUGUGAGGCCCAUGGCCAUCGCUGCCCACCAGACAUUUGAUGGGUGUUCCUGAUGGCCAGUCCGGGCCUGGUUCCAGCAUUUCCCAAAGAUGCUCAAUCAAAUUGAGAUUUGGGAAAUUUGGAGGCCAAGGCAAUAUCUUAAAUCUCUUUUGCAUGUUCCUCCAACCAUUCCUGAACAUAUUUUGUAGCAUGCCAUCAGGAAACAUCAUUGCCAUGAAAGGCUGUACAACAACCUCUAAGUAGAUGGUACAUGGCAAAGUAAUAUCCAAAGGAUUACCAGGACCCAAGGUUUCCCAGCAGAACAUUGCCUCUGCUGGUCUGCUUUCUUCCCCCAGUGCAUCCUGCUGCCAUCUUUUCCCUAGGUAAACGACGCACCCGGCCAUUCACCUGAUCUAAAAUAAAAACGGGAUUCAUCAGACAGGGCAACCUUCUUCCAUUGCUCCAUGGUCCAGUUCUGAUGAUCAUCUCCCCAUUUAAUGUGCUUUCAGUGGUGGACAGGGAUCAUCAUAGGCACUCUGAUUGGUCCUCGACUAUGCAGCCCCAUAGGCAGCAAACUGCGAUACACUAUGUGUCCUGACACCUUUCUAUCAUGGCCUUUCUAUCAUGUGGCCUUUCUAUCAUGGUUGUCAGCAAUUUGAGUGACAGUAGCUCUCUGUGUGAUUGAACCAGACGAGCUAGCCUUCGCUCCCCAUAUUCGUGAGCCUUGGUCCCCUGUGAUCCUGAUGCGGUUUACUGGUUGUCCUUCCUUGCACCACAUUUGGUAGGUACUAACCAUUGCAUACUGGGAGCACCUCACAAGACAAGGAGAUGCUCUGACUGCCAGCAUUAGCUGUGGGGGAGUGCUUUUUCAGGCGAACCCCCAAGACCACUAUUGGAAUGCUCGGUGAGUAGGCUGGCUGGAUGGAGGCCAGAUUUGUAGGACAGCAAAGCAUGUCAGUGGCUGGACUACCAGGGUCACAAAGGUCGCAACUUUUACAGAACUCUAGAGUUCCGCCUGUCAUGGGUGCCCAUCGGAGAUGGAAAUUGCAAGCAGGGCAGCAGCUUACUCUACUUAGUUUGCUUGCCUGCUGCUGCCCCUAAGAGUUCAGUGCCAGCUCCACUCCUCAACCAGGUCCUUGGUGGCCCGGUGGUAUAACCGACACUCUGCAUCCAUUCCGGUAGCCCUCUAUGAUAUCCUCUAUCUCACGACUCUGGCACUCAGUUAAUGAGUCAGAGCAGCCGAGGUGAUCCCCUUUUUCUCUUUGAGGGGUAAAGAAAAGAAGAAGUGAGGAGGAGAAGAGUCACCUCAAAUAGACUACAAGUGGUAUAUGAAAAAGACAUUAAAGGGCUCUAGAAAAUGCGAGUGAGCAUUCAGCUAAAGGGAUCUAGAAUGUGUCAUAUAUUUUUGUUUUUCCAUUGACAAAUGAUGGAAGAGUUAUCUUGACAUAUAUACUCCAAACUGUAUAUCCCUAUAUUAAGUAUACUGCGCCGAGAUUCUGUUAUUGAAUAAUUGUGGAUUUAAUGAGAUGCACUUACACAGGAGAAUUUUUAAUGCCCCUUUUAUGUACUUGCUAUGAUUUGCAUCUGAAUGGUUGUAUAUACUUUAAGUAUUCAUACUCUUUAUUCAUAGUUUAUUAGAUUUUAUACAAAUAGGAUAUAAAAUAUAUUAUUGAAUUUAAUAUGAGGAUUUGCAAGCUCACAAAAAAAUUGCAUUUAUGGUGAUUGCACUUUACUGAAUGUUGAUGUGACACAUGGCAAUUAAUUACAUGCUAAUUGCCCUCUAAAAUAAUAUUUAGGACACUAAACUAAAAAUGACACAUGAUAAUAUACGGUAUCUAUUGAAAAUGACAAAAUUCUGUACAAUUUACAAUUUAUAGGAAAUAUUUAAAUCAAGCGCUCCCCCAAUAUAUUAUGUUUUAUUUUUUUGUAUUUUUUAUUUUCAUAAGGAGAACAUAUUUGGCGUCUUGGAGCGGCUGAUCUAAAGAAUAAAUAUAACCAAAUAAGAAGUUAAUUAUAAUUAGAAGCACUUGAUAUACAUGACUUUUGCUUUGCAGUUUUGAACUAAUUAUGUCUUUGUUUGCCAAAACUCAUCAGAGUCUUUGUAAAACUCUACAGACAAUGAAUUUGUCAGGUUUCAUCUGUGAAGUAUUGGCUUAAGUCCAGGCAGAGCUAGUCCAAUGGUUGUUGGAGGCUGGGGUGUACUAUGACUUUGAUAAUGCACCCGACCAUCUGAUAUAUUCUAGUAAAACUAGAUGUACUAGUGCCCACCAUUGAUAUAGGACCAUAAGUUGUUUUCCCAGAUGGAUAUGAAAUAUGAUGUAAAAAUAUAAGGUAAAAGCGCACACAAAAUAGUAAGAAGCGUUUACCUUACAUAUACAUGUAAUGUUAUGACUGGUAACUGAUAGCAGAUUUUCCUUCUAUUUAUGCGAAGGUUAUACCCGAUAACACAUGGUACAGUUUACCUAUACAGAAAUAUAAGCACAUAACAAAACAUAGUGUAACCUGUAUAUAAUAAUAAAUAAUAUGGAGAUUUUGAGCUAAAACCACUCACAAUUUAUUGAGCCGAUUGAAAGUUGGCUCGGAACUUAUACAGCUUUUAUGUCUUUUUCACGGACAUAGAUACUUUUUCUCCUUUCAAUGGAUUCUCCGAUUAAUCAUUUUCCCGUAUAAUGGAAGUUUCAAAUCAGGAGCCAGGAGUUGGAGAUAUUUUAAAAAUAAUUUAUUACUUUAUAAAAAGCAAAAUAAAAGAUGCACAACGCGUUUCAGCCAUGAGCAUAUGGUCUUCCUCAGGUGCUGCCAUGAAAUAUGAGAUGUUUUUGUGAUCAUGCACAAUACUCUAAUUUGAGAAUGUUCGAACUUCAUUUUCUCCUUGUUGGAAUCCCGAACAUCUUUCCAAAAAAUGUUUACGGGAUUGAAUGUGGCUGCCUGUAUUCCUUAUUGAUUCCCAAUGUGAUAUAGUAACUUUUUACUACUUCACUCUCCCUAGUGAUCCAUCUAAGGGUAAAUACCUAACGACUGUAAUAUAAAAAUGACUACUUUGUCGUGAUUUUUGCUCACAUACGGGACUGACUUUUUAUUGUAAUCGUUGUUUCUCUUGUGCAUGGAUGUCAUUGUUUGUUCUCUUUCUUUUUGUCCCUGUUAUGUAUCUGUAGAUAGCAGAGCAGCAGACUCGGAGGAGAGAUUAAUGAACAGCCUUCUGAGGAAAGACAGAUAUAACAAACUUAUUCGACCGGCGUAUAACAGCUCUCAGCUCGUCUCAAUCAAACUCCAGCUGUCUCUGGCUCAACUAAUCAGUGUGGUGAGAACAGUCAGAGUCCAAAUGAUCUUCACACAAAAAAUAAAAUUCUUCUUCACUUGGAAGGGUCAACAUCAUACAGUCAUUGACAAUGAGGCAUGUGCCUCAUAGAAAGAGACCGAACUCAGUGUCAGUAGGAAAAAUACUUGGGUGUGACUAAGUCCUAAUUCUUUAAAAGAGUGCUGUCAAACUGGCAGUCCUAGCCGCCCACCAUAUAAUUUUUUACGGUGCCACCCAAGAGACAGUAAUCACAUAUAAGUGUAUUUGUAUUGGAUUUUCGUAUUGGAUUGGAUUAGUGGCAAAUCUGUUUCCCCAUUGUCUGUCACUGUGUCUUUCCGAGACAUACAUUUUGUGACCAUAAUGAUGUGAGAUCACAUCCCUUCUGCUUACGUACUGCCUUCUGUCACCCACAAAAUGAUAGUUGAAGAAGAAGCAGCAGAGAUGCAAAGACAUCAAGGUACACUAGACUAGCGUAUCCUCACUUAUCAAUUAAUAUUAUUGAGACACAUAGGAAAGUCAUGGAGAUGUGUCUUCUAAAGCAGUGCUUCUGAAUCCUCUCCUCAAGAAAUACCUAACAGUCCAGGCUUAGGGAUUACCCGGGUGUUUUUAGUUUUUUUUUUUUUUUAAACAACUUAGACACACCUGGGUAAUCCAUAAAGCCUGGACUGUUAGGUGUGCCUUGACGAGAGGGUUGAGGAGCACUGUUCUAAAGCACAGAGCUCUUUGCUCCAUUUUGUAAUUUGUGGAGACUUGAAGGUGCAACAUUUUGGCCUGAAAGAUGUUAAAAACAGGCCUGAAGUCAGUUGAUUUCUGUGCUGCGUUAGACUGCCUUGGCUUGUUAAAAUUCCAUCUAUGAUGAAGGUAAUUUAAAUACUGUAUGUUAGCCAAAGGAAAUGUAGCUUGCACUUAGGGAUGUUUACUAGAUAAUAGGAAUGGAACUAGUCCUCAGCUAACCCCCUUCUGAGAUGUCAGGAGCAAAUCAGUAAUGGAUAUCGCAGCACUUAGAAUAGUCACAAAUAAAACAUAAUAUAAUCAUAAUUACCAUAAUAUAGUUAAACACAGGGUUGUAGCAUGGUUUCUGGAUAUUUCUCACCAUCUGGUCUAGUCUUUGCAAUACAAUGGGCUUUAUUCAUUAAACAGUGAGUUGCAGUGAAUUAAAGACCAAAUUGUAAUAUUUAGACCAAACCAGCUGAUUUGGAAAAUGUCUCCAAGUGAGCUAUAAUGAACGCUUAGCUGUUUUAACCUGAAUUUGGCUUCCAAUUCACUCUGUUUAGUGAACAAGCCCUUUUUGUUUUUUUUAAUAAGGAUAAGUAAGCACUAAUUCUAUCUGAGAUUGCACUGGUCAGUGUGCGUUUAGACAUUUCUGAGUGCUUCAUUAUUGAUCUAUGUUGACAUUAUAUCCAUACUGUGUUUGAUAACGAGCAGCUUCAAUGUCCACAGCCAUUCUCUAGUUUAUUAAAGGAACACUUAGUAUUAGGAACACAAACCUGUCAUUCAAUUUGUUACCAGACUGUACUAACUAAGCAGAAAAGUCUGAUAAUCAACCAGCUGUGGCUCUUGCCUUCUCCUAGCAGACACUACCAGACCAAGCUCCCUGAAAUCCGACCACCUGGUCCUCUAUCUGUGCAGGUUAUAUGCUUUGAUUCAGCCCACCAACUCAGGCUGGUCGUGUAGAAUUAGUCUACUAGUUGACUCAAAACUCAGUGGCGGACGGUGAAACCUUUAACUAUGUGAAGAUUCUACAUCAUGCAUAGUAUAAGGGUGCUAUUUUAACAGCUGGGGUGCUCAGGGACAAGCUAUCUGGGGAUAGCUCAUAUGUGGGGCUUACUAAUUUCUAAAAGUAUGUUUUGGGGGAUAUUCUGUUAAAGCACCCUGUUGUCUGGAGGUUGAUUAGAUUAGCGGUACUCAACCUAGUUAUGUCCCCAGACACAGAGGUGCCUUGGUGGGAUCCUCAUUGCUUUUCUUAAUGACUCCAGUUGGGGGCCAAGGGGGGAGGGUGGGUUCUGUGUAUAAAUGUGUGCACUGUAACCCAAUAAAGCAUUCCUGUUUUUACCCUUCAUCAAGUUUAGACUGAUAAUUGGGUGGGCUGCUUUAUAUCACUGAAUACGCUGCAAAAAAAAAGAGAGGCUUUGGUGGAGAUACUCUGGUUGAGUAUUGGAGCUCUGCAACACAAUUCAUACCCCUUAAAAAUCUAAAUAAAAAUUGAUUAAAAAGGUUUUACAUAUCUUUUCUUUCCCACUGCUUAGAUCCAUUUCCUGCAGCAGCUAGAUCUGCCUCCCGCAGCGUCACGCUGACACUUUUAAAAGUCCAAUCCAAUGGUCCUUAUAGAGCAGCAUUGGGAACAAAAGGUCCAUGUACCACCACCACUGCAUUCCUAUUGGAGGUUAGCUGUGGGAACAGAGUUUGACUAAGUUCUCACAACGGAAGUGCCUUUAGUGGUGGUCAGGUAGACAGCCACUAAAGACAUAUUUAAAGUGAGCCUUUAACCCCUUAAGGACACAUGACAGAAAUAUUCCGUCAUGAUUCCCUUUUAUUCCAGAAGUUGUGUCCUUAAGGGGUUAAUUAAAUAAUAAACUUAAUUUAAAUGUUCCCAUAUACAUUGAAUACAUCAUAUAUCACAAAAACAUAUAGAGAUUUACUGGUUAUGGUGGUUAAUAGAAUUUCCUAUUUCCAUUUAACGUAACCUCUGCCAACAUCUGAUGUGGAACAAUCUCCCUGCAUCAAAAUAGUACAGAAAUCCAAAGACCCUAAAGCAGGAAUCUCAAACUCUCCCCCCGUCCCAAUCCCCCACCAGAUGCUGAUGGCUUACAUCUUCCAGAAUUCUUUAAAUGCAGUAGAUGGGUAGAGAAUUAUGGGAAAUCUAGUUCAGCAAAUUCUAGCAGUGGGAAGCGGAGUUUGAGAUGCCUACCCUAAAGAGCUCCUAAGAGACUUAGAUGGAACGUUGUUGCAUAAUUAGUUAUUUGGCAUUAUGUCUGCAGUGUUAAUGGAAUCACUUUGUGAUUUUUCAAUUGUUUUAAGUAAACAUCAAAAUGAACAAACAGGACAUGGGUUGGCUUUCAGCUGUUUUGCUUAGAAACACAAAUUACAUAAAGCUUAUUAUUGGAGUACCGGCACUUAUUGUAAUAACAAAAUGCGCUUGUAGUUAUCUAAUAUCCUUCAAUAACAUUUGCACAAUAUUUUCAGGAAUAUAAGAAAUCUUUAUGUUUUAGGAUGCAGUGGAUAUGAACGCUACAUAAAAACAUGACGUGCUUUUUAAUUGAGUUACAAAAUCAAUUCGAUUUAAUGUGCAUUACUCGUCUUAUUGAAUUUACUCGUGUGCUCUGCCUUUUCUCCCAGCUAACAUGUUGUCAUGUAAAUCUUAUCCAGGCAGAUAUUUAGGGCACAGAUAAAGCUUUGCUGCUGUAACAGUGUACUUAAAGAGACACUAUAGUUACCAGAACAACUACAGCUUAAUGUAGUUGCUUUGGUGAGUAUAAUCAGUCCCUACAGGCAUUGUCAUGUAAACACUUUGCAUUACCUCUUAGGGACAUCUACAGUGGCCACUCUUCAUAUGGCCACUGGUGGUGCUUUCUGUGACAGAGCUGCACAGUAGGCAGCACUGCCGUUCACCGUGCUGAAAUCUCCUCAUAGAGAUGCAUUGAUUCAGUGAAUCUCUAUGAGUAGGUGCUGAUUGGCCAAGCCAGCGUUUGGCCCCGCCCCAUCCCGCCUCCUUGCUGAAAUUCAAAUUUCUGAUGAUGUCAGCAAGGAGGAGGAUCGAAGGUGGGGCCAACGCUGGCAAACCCACACGGUGCUGUUAAUAAGGUACGUUUUAUUACCUUUUAAGGGGACAUGUAACACUGUAUGGUCAGGAAUACAUGUUUGUGUUCCUCACCCUUUAGUGUUCCUUUAAGCCUACAAGGACAAAGGUCUAUAUUGGACUCAAUAUACCAUAUCAGAAAUGAAAAAUCAACCAAUAAUAAGCCAGUCUUCUCCAACCAUGCAUGUACAAAGGACGUAAUUGGCUGUAUUUUAAAAGAGAACAAGAACAGUAUUAGGCAGAGGGGAAAGUGGGUAUCAAGACUGAUGGGCUAAAAUUUAGUUUCUUGCAAAAAUGAGCAAGAUAAAUUUAAGGGACACUAUUGUUAUCAUUUGUCUCAUUUAACUCUUCUAUGCCAGUAUGGAAAAAUAAUAUAUUACUGGAAAAAAGUAUCCAUAUUUGUCUUCUACUAUUGUCAUGCACCAUCCUGCCAUCCCUCCACUGUGUGAGGAUGUCUCCGCUGCACAAAGUGGACUGAUAGAAAUAGUGACAGCGAGUAGUAGCUGGCCGGUAAAAAUAGCAACAUGGUUGAAAAGAAGCCGAGAAACUCCUAUCAUUGUUCUUGUUUUAAGAACUAACUGGAUACAUUUGAAUAUUUGGAUUAAGAAAGUUAACAAAACGUACAAAUACAUCUUUUAAUACAAUUGAUUUUUUAUUAUAUUUUUUUUUUAUAGAAUGAACGGGAGCAAAUUAUGACAACAAAUGUUUGGCUAAAUCAGGCAAGUAUAAUUACUAUUACCUGGGAAGCAGUAUUUAAUGUACAGCAUGUUUAUAUAAAAAAAGGGCAUUUAUCCCGAAGUGGAGCAAAUUCUAUUUCUAUUCUAAUUAGUACUAACAAGAAAGGAAUGCAUCUUUCAUACUCCAAAUCUUUGUGUUAUUAUUUAUUAUUCAAAAUGUGUUUUUUUUUUUUUGCCUUCUUUUUGAUCAACAUCAACAACAGAUGUGAGGAAGGUUGAACUUGAUGGAUGCAAGUCUCUCUUAAGCCUAUGUAGCAUAAACGUUCUAUUCUUUAUGGUAUAGUAAUAUAGUGAUAUAUUUUAUUAAACAGUUACUCGAAAGUUUAACGUUAAAAGAGAGAUUUAGUAUUAAAUAAUUUUAUGAUAAUUAAAAUUAACAGCCUUCCAGCUGAAGUGGUAGAGGUUAACACUGUAAAGGAGUUUAAGCAUGCGUGGGAUAGGCAUAAGGCUAUCCUAACUAUAAGAUAAGGCCAGGGACUAAUGAAAGUAUUUAGAAAAUUGGGCAGACUAGAUGGGCCGAGUGGUUCUUAUCUGCCGUCACAUUCUAUGUUUCUAUGUUUCUAUGAUUGUAAUUCCAAGAUAUAAGACUGAGUGACACAAACUUUGUGUUGAUAAGGUUUUAUGUCUGAGUAACUACAAAUCUGUGCAUAUCUUAGACAUAUUACCCUAAAACAUGGCUAUCUCUUGACCCGGGUAUUGGUAGAUCAUCCAAUUGUUUGCUCCAGCAAGCUUUUUGACUUUAUUCUCUCUGUACCCAUAUUUCUAAACUGGUUGGUAGGUCUGUGAGAUAUUUUAAAGGCUAUACAUGUUAAAACAAGAUGACCAUUAUUUUUUCUCGCUUAUAAAUUCAGGAGUGGGUAGAUUACCGACUCACCUGGAAUCCAUCGGAAUAUGACGGAAUAAAAAAACUUCGUAUCCCAUCAAAACAGAUCUGGCUACCAGACAUCGUCCUAUACAAUAAGUAAGGCGACCUGUAUAUAUCAAAUUGUUUUGAUUGUACAAAAAAAUAUGUACCAAAUAAUAAAGGCAUAUAAGAAAACAGUAUUGUAAAUAAAUAACAUCUCUCAGUGUGUAACAUAAAGUAUUUUCCACAAUCCUCUCACAUAUACAUUAUUCAAUAUGUGUGUGCAUAUAUUAUUAUUAUUUUAGUUUAUUAUUUAUAUAGCGCCAUCAAAUUCCAUAGCGCUGUACAAUGGGUAAUAUAUAUAUAUAUAUAUAUAUAUGAGAGGCAGGAUGCCUGGUGUUCUGGGAGGGGUUUGUUGCUGACCUAUAUCUACCCCCUCCUCCCAGCCUCCUCCUGGUGUUCUGUCUGUGUUUUUGGAAACCCACGCACCUCUCCCUUUUUUAUAUACUCCUUCAAUAGGUGGGUCCUCUUUUUCAGGCCCUACUCCAUCCGUUGGUUUCGGCACACCUCCACCGACUUGCUACUACUUAUAUAACUCAAUCCUUAUUGUAUGCCUCGGCCUUCUGGUACUGACCAGAAAUAUAUAUAUAUAAACAAAGAAGGAUCCAGGAUGCACUCACAGGACAUUGGUGAAAAAAUAUUCUGAGUUAUUUAAAUAAUGUGCAUGCAGCCAAAAAAACAACCGACGUUUCAACCCCUGCAGGUUUUUUUCAUGGCCUUGAAAAAGACCCGCAGGGGUUGAAACGUCGGUUGUUUUUUUUGGCUGCAUGCAAAUUAUUUAAAUAAAUCAGAAUAUUUUUUCACCAAGUCCUGUGAGUGCAUCCUGGAUCCUUCUUUGUUUAUAUAUUGGACACAUCAUGGAUGGCACCCAGGCAGGUAUAUUGGAAAUUCAGAGAAAGGAGAGUGCCAAGCUUUCUACUUAUUAUAUAUAUGUUAAAUAUAAAUAUAUAUAUAUAUAGUUAAUACAUUGCUAAAAACAAAUACACACACCAGUCAAGUCAUAAGACUUGCUUUUCCCACAAAAAUCUUGCUUUAACAGUCCUCUCACUACUGCAUGGGAUUCUGGGUAGGUGUAUAUAAAUGAGCUCAACAAAAAGCACACUUUUUCCCCCACCACAACUCUUUUGGUAUAUAUUAUGUUUCUCCUUCAGCUAUGGAGACUAAGACUGGAAGUCAAGAUAAAGGUAACAUAAAGAAUUAGUAAGCUGGACCAGCUUCACAGAGGUGGGUGCAGACACCUCUGAAUUCCGCCUUUUGGUCUCUGAAGUCGAAGGUGCAGCCUGCACUGAGGACAGCGCAGAGCCAUGCAGGGAGAUCUGGGGAGGGUGGGAGGGAAAGUCAGCAGAGCCAAAGCUAUAAUUGUAGCACCGACUCUUUUGUCUGGACAGCCAUUGCAGGUGAAAUAGGUGUGUAAAAAAUGAAUUAAUUUGCAAUGGUUAAAAUUGUGUAUGCAUGAUUUCAAGACAUUGCUACAUACCCUGGCAAUCGUGUAUAGACAAUUGGCAGCAUGAAGGGGCUAUGGAAGAUAGAGGAGAAUAACAGCUAAUGAGCUGCAGAAGGCAUACUUUGAGUUAUUUUAUGAAGAAGGCUGGGAGUAGUAAGAAAAUGAAAAGACAUAAUAAUCGAAUAAAGCUACGAAAAAAAACUUUUUUUCAUAUAGAAUGUGCAUCUCCACUUUGGGAAAUACUAUAAAAGCAUAUUGUCCUCAUAACUUCAGUUUGAUGUGAAAUUUAGGAAUGCCCUUCACAAAAUAUUGUAUCACUUGUAUUUUUCUUCUAGUGCUGAUGGUACAUAUGAGGUCUCAUUGUUCACCAAUGCAAUUGUACAGAACAAUGGAAGCAUUGCUUGGCUACCUCCUGCUAUCUACAAGAGCGCUUGCAAGAUAGAGGUAAAACAUUUUCCUUUCGACCAACAGAACUGCACUUUGAAGUUUCGCUCCUGGACAUACGAUUACACAGAAAUUGAUCUUGUGCUUAGUACAGCCUAUGCAAGCAUGGAUGACUUUACACCAAGUGGAGAAUGGGACAUCAUAGAGCUUCCAGGAAGAAGAACAACCAACGCAGUAGAUCUCACAUAUGUUGAUGUAACAUAUGAUUUUAUUAUUAAGAGGAAACCUCUUUUCUAUACCAUCAAUUUGAUUAUUCCUUGUAUCCUUAUUACCUCCUUGGCUAUAUUAGUAUUCUACCUUCCAUCAGACUGUGGUCAGAAAAUGACCUUAUGUAUUUCGGUGCUUCUUGCACUGACUGUGUUCUUGCUUCUUAUUUCUAAAAUUGUUCCACCAACUUCUUUAGAUGUUCCUCUCAUCGGGAAAUACCUAAUGUUCACUAUGGUGUUGGUAACAUUUUCCAUUGUCACAAGCGUCUGUGUCCUUAAUGUCCACCACAGAUCUCCUAGCACACACACAAUGCCAACAUGGGUCAAAAACUGUUUUCUAGAGAGACUUCCAGUGUUCCUCUUCAUGAAAAGGCCAGCGCAAGCCUCACCAAACCAAAAACUCCACAGGAGAAAUGCUCAACAUGAAUCGAUCAGAAACUCAAACUGUUUUGUAAAUGCAUCAACUGCAAGAACAUAUGACAGAAGCGACCAGGCAGAGAAUCUCAGAAACCAAGAAUUCCGAUGUAGAACCUCCAGGAAGCUUUCUCCCGAAGUCCAAGAAGCCAUGGAAGGUGUAACCUUCAUAGCAGAUCACAUGAAAACUGAGGAUGAAGACCAAAGUGUAAGACUUUAUCACUUAUAAAUAGCAGUUUAUUAAUAUUGUCACAUGAGAAUAUUACAUAUUUUUUAUUUUCUUAUUUUAACUGUUCCACUGUUCUUUUUAAUGACUAUCUUUACAAUGUUCACUUGUCACUGGAUGCAUCUAUUUACAUUGGUAAUUAUGAUAUCUUUCAAAUUAUAUAAUAUUGUGAAGUUCUUAUUCUGGGAUUGGCACAUAUUACUAUCCCUAAGUAAAAUAUAGAUAUGAAUAAUGCUUUUCACAGGGAUUCCCUAGUACAUGUACCUAUUUUAAAAGAAAAGACCCUUUCUUUCUUGCCAUUUGUGGGACCCGCACUGCUUUCAUACACAUUAUCUCAACUUCUAAGUUACCAAAAGAUCUUUGUUUUUAAGGACAUCCAUUAAUUAGAUGACCGAAUUCUGCUUUAAUCUUCUAAACAUUUUAUAUAUAUUUAGCAUUAGCCAAAUUCCUGUAUAUAUAAGAUAAAACAUUUAGAAAAUGUAAAUGUUCCCACUAUUUCUGCCUAAUUUAAAAGCUGUAUAGUGCAAUUAAUUAUUUCAAUUUCUAAUGCGUUCCCUUGAUUUUUCUCCACUCUAAUCUGCCUCCACUCUCUGAGCUCUUUGCUCACUCUCCUCUUAAUACCUUCUUGAUCCACCAUUUUAAUCUGUCAUCCCAUAGCUUAAAGGACCACUAUAGUGCCAGGAAAACAUACUCAUUUUCCUGGCACUAUAGUGUCCUGAGGGUGCCCCCACCCUCAGGGUCCCCCUCCCACCUGGCUCUGGAAGGGGGAAAGGGGUAAAAACGUACCUUUUUCCAGCGCUGGGCGGGGAGCUCUCCUCCUCCGAUCCUCCUCUUCUCCUCCCAUGCGGCUAAAUGCGCACGCGCGGCAAGAGCUGCGCGCGCAUUCAGCCGGUCACAUAGGAAAGCAUUAUCAAUGCUUUCCUUUGGAUGCUUGCGUGCUCUCACUGUUAUUUUUACAGUGAGAAGCACGCAAGCGCCUCUAGCGGCUGUCAAUGAGACAGCCGCUAGAGGAAUUGGGGGAAGGCUUAACCCAUUCAUAAACAUAGCAGUUUCUCUGAAACUGCUAUGUUUAUAAAAGAAUGGGUUAAGCUUAGCUGGACCUGGCACCCAGACCAGUUUCUUUAAGCUGAAGUGGUCUGGGUGCCUAGAGUGGUCCUUUAAGUAGAUCUCUGCUCACCAUGAUGCACAUUAACCCACUCAUCCAUCCUGUGCCCCAUACACUUUGUGUUCUACUUCAAACUUUGCCUCUGGCUCAAUCAUACAUACGAGACCUUCCAGUGGUGUCCUCACAGUCACAUUUUUCUCAGUCUUUCUCAGAUGUUCCUAAUUUCAGCCAUACCUCUUUGUCCAUGUUUCCAUCUAUGGACUUCCCAGACUUCCUGCCCUUCUCCAACUUCUCAUACCAUCCUCGGGGAUCUACUACCUUUUUUUGCAUUAUGCAACUUCCCUGCUUCAUAUGUUUCCCUGGUGUUUAUAUUGUCCUGAGGUUCUCUAGUGAACAAGAUAAGGUGUUUAUCAUUCACUCAUUUACCCCAAUAUUUGUAUAAAUAUUCACUUCCGAUCAGUUCUAACACCCGGGUUUUAUUUUUCAGAUAAUUGAAGAUUGGAAAUAUGUUGCCAUGGUCGUGGACAGACUGUUUCUUUGGAUAUUCAUCAUUGUUUGUGUUGUUGGAACUGUCGGACUUUUCAUUCAACCCAUACUACAAAUGCACAUUCCACCUGAUAAUCACUGAUAUGCAUAAAGCUAUGCCAAUCAACAUGACAUCUCCAGGUUUAUAGUUAUUUAUUGCGCUGGAGCCAAAAGGAUCAUAGACAAGGAUAUCGGUUUCUCACAGUCAAUGUACAGGUUUUAAUAAAGUUCUUUUUUUUCUUCUUAUAUUUUAACCUGGAUUGUUUGACUUGCAUUGCUUUUUUAUUAUCAGAAACCGAUUUUUUAAUAAAAAAAAUAAAAUGUAUCAUGUAUAAAAUAAAAGUGUAUCUUAACUUUUUUAGAUACCAAAAUGUGCUAUUAAUGUUAGAGGCUUAAAGGAACGGUUAAAGGAUCUUAACAUGUAUAGCGUGGAGGAAAGACGAGACGGGGGGAUAUGAUAGAAACAUUUAAAUACAUAAAGGGAAUCAACACAGUAAAGGAGGAGACUAUAUUUAAAAGAAGAAAAACUAUCACAACAAGAGGACAUAGUCUUAAAUUAGAGGGGCAAAGGUUUAAAAAUAAUAUCAGGAAGUAUUACUUUACUGAGAGGGUAGUGGACACAUGGAAUAGCCUUGCAGCUGAAGCGGUACAGAUUAACACAGUAAAGGAGUUUAAGCAUGCGUGGGAUAGGCAUAAGGCUAUCCUAACUAUAAGAUAAGACCAGGGACUAAUUAAAGUAUUUAGAAAAUUGGGCAGACUAGAUGGGCCGGAUGGUUAUUAUCUGUCGUCACAUUCUAUGUUACUAUGUUACUUUAAUUUCUUUAAUUAUCUAUAUUGAUACUUUUUAAUUAUUAAUCCACCUAUCCCGUUACUUCCCUGAUUUUCCCUGCUUGUGUUGCCAUUAGAAGUGAUCUUGGGCUGGAAUCCACUGUUUUCCGACCCAAGAUAACACUUACCUGGCCAUGCACUCACAGACCAGUGUACAUCUGAACAGCUUUCACAGUGGCCUUCACAUCUCCUGAGUUAAUCAGAAUUGUCACAAGUAAAGAGAAAAUAGCACUGAGGAUAAAUGCUGUGAAAGCUAUCAAACGGGCAGCAGAAUGCCUCCCGGCCAUCCCCAACCAGGGCCAUCACACAGAUAUGUACCUGACAUAGCACACACUCAAGGUUCAUCAUUGUCAGGAUCGUGACAGGGAUCCAACACGCAGAAUACAAACAGGAGAUAGGUACGUAUACCGGACCUUAGAAUGGCCGGACUAACGUAAGGAGGAAGCAAAAGAAUGGUCAGAGACAAGCCGAGGUCGAGGGAACGAGAGAUCAGGUAAGCGAGAGACAAGCCGAGUCAAAAGGACAAGAGAGGAAAGCAGGGUCAAAAUACAAGCCGAGUCAGGAACCAAAAGACAAUAGAGGUAAGUGCACUGAGUGACCAGACUAGCUAGAACCACGACAGGGCAAUGAAUCAUUCCACAGAACCCUUUUUUAUACCUUGGCUCUUUAACUGUUGGCUCCGCCCCCAACGAGUCCUGAUUCGUUGUUCGGCACUUGGUUGCCGUGAUUGACGGGUCGGAACGUGAUUGCCGUCAUGACGUCGGCUACUGAGCGCCGCGUCAUAAAAGGAGGCGGAGCUAUCGCGGCCGGCGUGUAAACGACCGGGAGGAGUGCAAGGAUCGGGUGAGUCAGCCCCCCUGGGAGGAUGGACGUCUAGGUGUCUAACCUCCUCCGAGGUAGACACCAAAGGUAACCUGACAGUACCCCCCCUCUCAGAAACGCCCACCGGGCGGAAGGAACCGGGGCGGGACGGAAAACGAGCAUGAAAUGCCCGGAGGAGACGAGGGGCAUGCACAUUUUCAUGGACCACCCAAGACCUUUCUUCAGGCCCAUACCCCUUCCAGUCAACAAGAUAUUGCAACUUCCCCCGAGAAAUACGAGAAUCGAGAAUGGAUUUGAUUUCAUAUUCCUCCUGACCCUCAACCUGGACAGAGAGAGGGGAGGACUCAGCGGAGGAAAAUCUGUUGCAAACCAAAGGCUUCAACAAAGAAACAUGAAAAGAGUUAGGGAUGUGCAGGGCAGGCGGAAGGGCAAGACGAUACGCAACCGGGUUAAUCCGACACAGAACCUUGUAAGGGCCUAUGUAACGAGGGGCAAAUUUCAUGGAAGGAACCUUCAAGCGGAUGUUUCUGGUACUCAACCACACCCUAUCACCCGGGGCAAAAACCGGAGCCACCCGUCUCCGUUUGUCAGCGUGUCGUUUGAACACCAUGGAAUUCUGAAGAAGAAUUCGUCGAGUCUGAUCCCACAACUUUCUCAGAUUGGCGACAUGAACAUCAACCGACGGAACCCCUUGGGAAGGGGAAACCGACGGAAGAAUGGAAGGAUGAAAGCCAUAAUUCAAGAAAAAGGGGCUAGAACGAGUAGAAUCACAAACGAGAUUGUUGUGUGCAAACUCUGCCCAAGGAAUCAGACCAACCCAAUCGUCCUGGUGUUCAGAAACAAAACAACGCAAAUAUUGUUCAAUCUUUUGGUUGGUGCGUUCGGCAGCUCCGUUGGACUGGGGAUGAUAGGCAGAUGAGAAAUUCAACUUGAUGCCUAAGUGAGAACAGAAAGACUUCCAAAAGCGGGAAACAAAUUGGGAACCUCUAUCAGAAACAAUUUCAGAGGGAAUACCAUGUAAACGAAAAAUCUCCCUCGCGAAUAUCUCAGCUAAUUCGGGAGACGAGGGCAGUUUAGGCAAGGGCACGAAAUGAGCCAUUUUAGUAAACCUGUCAAUCACCGUGAGAAUAACAGUAUGUUUUUUAGAAACAGGCAAAUCGACAAUGAAGUCCAUAGCCAAACACGACCAUGGUCUCUCGGGAAUUUCUAAGGGGUGCAAAAGUCCACAAGGGAGCGCGUGAGGUUGUUUAGUCUUCAUACAGACAGCACAUGCCCUGACGAAAUCCCUUAUAUCCUUACGAAGGGAAGGCCACCAGAAAUCUUUAGAAAUCAGGGAACACGUUUUGCGUAUGCCGGGGUGCCCAGCAAUUUUACUGUCAUGAAAGCAAUGUAGCAGUUCCACUUGGAGCUCAGGAGGAACGAAGUAUCGAUCCCCAGGAACAGGUUUGGGAGCUAGAUGUUGUACUUUCUUGAUCUCAGCAAGCAACGGCGAGUGUAUCCUGACACAUGUGUUGGCAAUAAUAUUACACUUGGGAACGAUAGAAGACAAAGCUACUUCAGACACCGUAGAAGGUUCAUGUUGACGGGACAAUGCAUCUGCCUUAGAGUUCUUAGAACCAGGUCUAUAAGUGAGCACGUAAUUGAAAUGUGUCAGAAACAAGGACCAACGAGCUUGCCUGGCGGACAAGCGCUUGGCCUCCCCUAUAUAGGACAAAUUCUUGUGAUCCGUCAAAAUAGUAACCGGUUAUAAUGUCCCCUCCAACAAAUGUCUCCAUUCCUUUAAAGCCAUAAUGACCGCUAACAGUUCCCUAUCACCAAUGUCAUAUCUACUUUCAGGCCCAGAUAAUUUCUUGGAAAAAAACCCACAUGGAUGUAACGGUUUAUCCAAACCUAGCCUUUGGGACAAGAUAGCGCCUAUACCUGUCUCCAAGGCGUCAACCUCGAGUAGAAAAGGCAAAGAUGUGUCAGGAUGAACUAAUAUCGGUGCUGAGGCAAAAUGUUCUUUGAGUGUUUUGAAAGCAGAGAGAGCCUCUGUAGACCAAGUCUUGGUAUCAGCACCCUGUCUAGUCAUAUUGGUAAUAGGAGCAAUAAUAGAAGAGUAACCUUUAAUGAAGCGCCUAUAAUAAUUGGAAAAUCCGAUAAAUCUCUGAAUGGCCUUGAGUCCCCUGGGCACUGGCCAAUCUAAAAUCGAUUGGAGUUUAAUGGGGUCCAUCCUAAAUCCGUCUCCAGAAAUAACGUAGCCAAGAAAGUUUAUCUGAGAUUGGUCGAAGCUACACUUCUCCAAUUUGCAGUACAAUCCAUGUUGUAACAGUUUGCGCAGUACCCUUCUGACUUGUCUGUGGUGAGUCUCAAUCUCUCUAGAGUGUAUUAGUAUAUCAUCCAAAUAUACUAUAACGCAUUCAUGCUGAAAUUCCCUAAGAACCUCAUUAAUAAGGUCCUGGAAUACUGCAGGUGCAUUGCAAAGCCCGAAGGGCAUUACCGUGUAUUCAUAGUGGCCAUAACGGGUAUUGAAAGCUGUUUUCCAUUCGUCUCCCUGCUGAAUUCUCACCAAGUUAUAAGCUCCCCUCAAAUCUAACUUGGUAAAAAUCUUGGAGCCUUUCAGUCGAUCAAAGAGCUCAGUAAUCAAAGGAAUAGGAUAAGCAUUUCUAACAGUUAUCUUAUUCAAGCCUCGAUAAUCAAUGCAAGGCCGUAGAGUGCCGUCUUUUUUAUCUACAAAAAAGAAACCGGCCCCGGCCGGAGAAGAUGAUCUCCUAAUAAAUCCUUUGUCUAGGUUUUCACGUAUGUACUCCUCUAGGACUAAGUUUUCCUUAGUGGAUAAAGGAUAUACCGUACCCCUCGGAGGCAUAGUACCAGGUAGGAGUCUAAUUUUACAGUCGAAAGACCUAUGUGGAGGUAAAGUAUCAGCCCUCUUUUUGUCAAAGACUGCCUUUAAAUCCAGGUACUGCGACGGUAUCUGUAAAUCUGUAGAUUGGGAAGAGUUAACCGGGGCGUCAACCCUGCAAAUCGGUGAGACUUUCUGCAAACAUCCUCUCUGGCAACCCUGACCCCAGGAGACUAUCUCACCCAGUUCCCAGUCAAUGAUAGGGUUAUGCUUCUUAAGCCAGGGGUACCCCAAGACUAUAGGAACUGAAGGAGAUGAGAUCAGCAUGAGGGAUAUUCUUUCCUCGUGAUGGUUAACUUAAUUGGUAUGGUUUCACGAAAAAUAACAGGUUCAGAUAAUGGUCUACCAUCUAUGGCCUACCAUCAACGGCCAAGGGUGUAUCCCUUAGCUGAGAUGGGAUAGAAUGGUUAGUGACAAAGGCUUGGUCAAUAAAGCUUUCAGCUGCUCCGGAAUCUAUCAAAGCCAUAGCAUUAAGUACUCCCUUUUCCCAAGCUAAAGAAACAGGUAUCAGAAGCCUAUGAUCUUUAUAAUCAUAUAUAGAGGACAAGAUAGAAACACCCAAGGCCUGUCCUCUUGAGAAACUUAGGUGCGAGCGUUUCCCGGCCGGUUAGGACAAUUUAGGCGUAGGUGACCUCUAAUUCCGCAAUACAUACAAAGACCCUCCCUUCUCCUGUACUGUCUUUCCUCUUCUGAGAGUCGAGUAUUACCUAUUUGCAUAGGUUCUGGGAGAGCUAAAGUAGUAGAAUCAGAAGUCUGAAAUGAGGCAGCUAGUCUUAUGGAGGAUCUGCGGGUUCUAUCCCGAAUAUUCUGCCUCUGUCUCAUACGUUCAUCUAUUCGGGAAAUAAAUGAAAUCAGAUCCUCCAAAUUUUCAGGAAGAUCUCUUGUGGCCACCUCAUCUAAAAUCUCAUCAGAUAACCCGUUCAUAGAUACGUCCAUAUAAGCCUGUUCAUUCCACUUGACUUCUGCCGCCAAGGAUCUGAACUCUAAAGCAUAAUCCACGAGGGUUCGGUUAUACUGUCUAAGACGUAACAGUAGUCUAGCUGCAUUGGCCUUUCUUCCUGGGGGGUCAAAAGCUCUCCUAAAUGCAGCGACAAAAGCAUUAUAAUUAUAAACUAACGGGUUAUCAUUUUCCCACAGGGGGUUAGCCCAUCUAAGUGCCUUGUCAAUGAGCAAGGUAAUUAUAAAUCCAACCUUCGCCCUGUCAGUAGGGUAGGCGUGGGGUUGUAACUCAAAAUGAAUACCUAUCUGGUUUAAAAAACCUCGACAAGUGUCAGGAGCGCCGCCAUAGCGUGACGGGAACGUAACACGGGAAGAAGUAGCCACUGUGGCUACCUCUAGGCCUGUACUUAUAGGAGAGAUAGAUGGGGUACGCAUCUCCUCUGAGUGACUACUAGGACGAGAUAGCAAUGCUUGCAGAGCUAGAGCCAUCUGGUCCAUUCUAUGAUCCAUGGCCUCAAAUCUAGAGUCAGGAGAACCGACCUGAGAGUUUGUACCUGCAGGAUCCAUUGGCCCUGUCGUAAUGUCAGGAUCGUGACAGGGAUCCAACACGCAGAAUACAAACAGGAGAUAGGUACGUAUACCGGACCUUAGAAUGGCCGGACUAACGUAAGGAGAAAGCAAAAGAAUGGUCAGAGACAAGCCGAGGUCGAGGGAACGAGAGAUCAGGUAAGCGAGAGACAAGCCGAGUCAAAAGGACAAGAGAGGAAAGCAGGGUCAAAAUACAAGCCGAGUCAGAACCAAAAGACAAUAGAGGUAAGUGCACUGAGUGACCAGACUAGCUAGAACCACGACAGGGCAAUGAAUCAUUCCACAGAACCCUUUUUUAUACCUUGGCUCUUUAACUGUUGGCUCCGCCCCCAACGAGUCCUGAUUCGUUGUUCGGCACUUGGUUGCCGUGAUUGACGGGUCGGAACGUGAUUGCCGUCAUGACGUCGGCUACUGAGCGCCGCGUCAUAAAAGGAGGCGGAGCUAUCGCGGCCGGCGUGUAAACGACCGGGAGGAGUGCAAGGAUCGGGUGAGUCAGCCCCCCUGGGAGGAUGGACGUCUAGGUGUCUAACCUCCUCCGAGGUAGACACCAAAGGUAACCUGACAAUCAUACAUUGAACAUAAUACAUUAAGAAAGUGAGUUUUUCAAUGGAGAAAUGUGUGCUAUUACACUGUAGAAUGGUUUAACAAAAAACAUAAGUAGACAAGAAUACAUGUCUAAGUGCAAUACAUCAGGAUAAUACAUACCAUGGUCUGCUUGUACUUAGACAGUAACUCUCUGUAUAAGCAAAUAUAUUAAAUCAUGAAUUACAUGAAGUGAUAGUAAUCUAUGUCAACCUUUACCAUUCACAAUAACAACUCAUUUAAAGCUUUCAAAAAAUACAAUGUGACUUUAGUGAAAAGUGCCCAUUGUGAAUGUUGUUUAAAUUGUUCCAUCAUUUAGUAUUCAUAAUGGUGCAUAUGUCUAAAAAUAGUUUUAAUGCAGAAGAUGUUAAUGUGUUAGAGUUAAAACACUGACCUGUACAAAUAUAACCUUUCUAUAAACAUGAUGUCAUUAUAAAGAACAUAAUUUGUUUUUAAUAAUAAAAAAAACUAAAUUUCUUCAAUUGGAUUAGGAUUGGACGAACAUGUGCAUGGAGUGUGUGAUCUGCUGACAGAAAAAUCCUAACAUUCAGAUGUUCUUGAUAUUGAGUUGUUUAGGAGGUCAUGUUCUUCUAGUUGCCUCCUGGCUGCCCACAUAUGGUUCUGGCGCUGCUCUGGCAACACCCGCUUGUUCAUCCUGUAGGCCUCUUACCUGUGGGCAUCAUCAUGUGACCAGCAUCAUUUUGAAACCAAAUACUGGUGGUUGCGGUAAUUUUUGGCACUGCUAAGGGAGGGAGGAUAAAAUGCAUGUGCAUACAUGAAAGGCUAUUGCUGUGGAAUGUGUUAUAGUAGCAGAUCUUCGAGGGCAGGUGGCCAUACAUGGUGACACUGGUGGCAACACAAGUGGAGGCAAUGGUGGUGGCAUUACAGGUUACUGAUAUUGUGCCAUGUGCUGAUGACCACAACAUGGUGGUCCCUGGUGGAAGGUCAUGGCACAACAAUUUCAGUAACUCACUGUGUCCUAUUUGAGACUCUUCUACCCAGCAGAGCAAGGGAGGAAUAAAUUAUCUUGCUUCUCCUGGGCUACUUAACCUGCUGAAAUAUUUCAUAUUCCUUCAUUUCUUCUUCUUCAUCCUUCUCCUCUUUGGUAGUUCCUUUAAGACAACAAUUCAUUAGAAGAUCAUUCUACCAUUUGAUGUUUCACAUUUUCAAAAACAAUUUUAGAUAAUUUUUUGCAUGUUAUAUACUUUCCUCAGCAGCCUAUUCUACAUAACUCUCCUCUUAGUAAAUCUUCGCAGUGAUAAUAUUGCACAAAAUUAAUUAACCUAGUUUCGGUUCCUUUUGCAUAGUCACUGUGAUGAAGUGCCCUUCGCCACUUGUGCCUGGAGGGGACUACUGGCCAGCCUCCUUCCUUCCCACUAUGGCCCCUUUGCUGAUAGCUGUAUUUUACCCUGCAGAAAGGUUUAUUUGUGUAUUCCUGCUGGGGCGUUCGGGACUUUCAGUAUGUGAGUAGUGCCAGAUAGCUAUGCCAUGGAGCCUAUUCGUGUAAGGAAAGACUAUGGAAAAGACUUUGGCUCCAUGGCGAUUGAACUGCAUGUAUGUGAUCUGAGUGCCAUUCGGUAAUAAUGUGCGCUCAGAUCUAAGCUAUCUGGGGAUAUGUUGCAUGUAUAUGUUUUAUGUAGUAAUUGUAACAUUGUGUAAUUUUAUGUCUUUUUGUAACCAUGUGGUUAAUGGAGUCUUGCCUCUGUCCUGGGAUUGUGAUAUCACUGUGGGAGUGUUUUGUUUGUAUUGUCUGUGAUUGGCUAUUAUCCAAUAUGUGUCCCAUUGUUCCAUUAGGUCCCCUAGGGGAGUGUCCACCUGGUGGACACUUGCAUAAAUACCGGGCAGGUAUCCCUCAAUAAACCAGACCUACUUGCACCUUUCAUGAAGACUUGGCUCAUGCUUGGGGGAAGGGGUACCUAAACUCUGGGGAUUGCUAUAAUCACUUACUCCCCAGAGUAAGCUCUUGUAAGAGCUUGAUUUGUUCCUGCUACACUCUCUGGAUUUAGGAGAGGUUCACCCACUGGGAGCUGGAUCCUGGUCGUGAAUCCAGGGUGGGUGAGAGACCGCGAGACCCCGGCACAGCUGCAUUUCUGGAAGUGGGGUCCGCAGUGCUGAUGGUGUUGGUUGGAGUGCUCGGAGUCCUCGGCAAGCGCUAGGAGCAUCGAUUGACGGAGGUACUCGGUUGGAGUGCCCGAGGUCCGUCACAGUGACCCUCUUAUUUCCCUUCCUUUCUGCAGUCAUUAAAGUGAUACUUUAUGCUCGGGAUUGCGCAGAACCUACCAAGAGCAAUGACUGCACAGUGUAUCUCCAACCAUGGUAGGAUACAAAGAGGUUAGGGAGAUGUGGGGAGAGCCUCACAUGGGGGUCAGGAGAGACUGUGGAUAAAGAAACACAAAGUUUGUACAUUCAGACAAACCAACAAUAUGGAGCUCCAAGAAAAAAAGAGACAUUAGAAUACAAAAGAGGGUUAGAGGGAUUUGGGCCCCAAGUAGGAACUGCCCUACUUUUUGAAAUUUGAAAUAGGCACACUUGGGAGGUAUGUAAUCCUGUUUAUAUAUGCCUCAGCAAGGAUCUCUUUCUUUUCAACAGUGUACCUAUCCUCUCUCUCCCUUGCCCUCACACCACAAAGCCCAGAAACCUCUUGCUCUCCCCCCUUUUGAACCUGGACCAGGCCUCCCUCCCUGAACCAAUCCUGCAGCAUGUGUCUAACCUCUUAUGCACCCACCCUGACUAUUAGCAUACAUUGCUCCCCUCUAGCCUUGGUCUUUUGAGAUAUAACUUGGUUGGGUAACAAUUUUGUCUACAAUACAUAGCAAGACAGUCCCUUCCUCUGACCAUCAUAUCACCACAAUACAGACUUCUCCUGCUCAAGAAGAUCAUAAACAUAACAGGUGCACAGUAGAAUGGAGAUAAGUAUCUGUUAAGACACCCCUGGUACCAAGGAGUGAAAUCGCUGUUUAGUAAAGAUUCCCCUUUCGCAAUAAUGCAAACUCCAUUCGUAUAGACUCCAAACGUACGAACUGCAAUCAGGGGAAUGUGCCAAUCUCCCGAACGGGACCCGUACGGGUGCUCUAACUCUCGAACAGUAAAUCCAAGAAUCGCUGCUAACAGCCGAAUAAAUAUAUCCUCCAAGCGGCUUACACUUUCAUCAAUCAGUCGCUAUCCGUGUAUAGUAAAUCCCCCCAAUAACGAAACCAAGCUCCGCAUUGAGGGUAAAAGAACUGGGUUUACUGUGGGCCACCCGCCCGUAUUUAUGCAGGUCUCCCACUUGGUGGACACUCCCCUAGGGGACCAAAUGAUAGACUGUAAUGGCAGACAGACAUGUAUCACUUUAGGACAUACAGGCACAUUUUAUUCCCACAAUGCAUCCUGGUUACCUCCCCUCUGCCCUGGAGAUAAUUGAGAAGUAAUUCAAUUAUCUCCAGGACAGAGGCAAAUCGCCAUUUUAAAUAAUACCGGCAAAACACAUAAAAAUUUAUAAUCACACAACUACCGAACAUAUUAUAUUAGCGAAUAGUGCUCAGAUCCCAUACGCUCAGUUCAAUCACCAUGGAGUCAAAGUCUUUACAGUCUUUCGGUAUGCGAUCGACUCCAUGGGAAGGCUAUCUGGGUUCAGUUCAUUCGUAUAAUCCAAAAUCCCGAACGGCUGGUGUUCGCAUGCCUUAUCAACUGAGAAGGGCGGUCUGUGGUUUCAGCGGUGUUCGGCAGAAAAAGUGUCAGUUUUUAGUUCCAUAGAAUCUGUGCUGAACACCGCUGGUCUUUCGCAUGGUUUAAAAUGGCCGCCGCCUCGUGGUCGACAUACGAAUGACGACCACCCGACAUUCGGUUGUAAUUAAGAGGUGUCUGCGGUUAACCACAACGUUCUAAUUGGGAUCAAGAGGUUACCCAGCGGCACACUUCUGUUCUGGGUGGCCGUCCGUUCGGUAAGUUCAUUUGGUAGAUAGUCAAACAGACGAAUAGGGAUACGGACAGGCAAUUCCACGAAAGGGAGGCAAACCAGACAAACCAGCAAUAUUAGUCUUACAGAUGAAUCUGUCACUGUAUCAAACCAUGUUGUACUUUACGAAAUAUAUUUUCUCUGUUUUUUUCUAAUUUUACAAAAGCAGAUGCUUCUUUACUCAUGAGAAAAAAAAAAUUCAAAUAACAACUGAGAUUAAGGAGAGAUCUUGGGAGCCAUAAAUUAUAGACAAUUGUAUAGUAUGGAAAAUAAGACUUUAAUUCCCUUUAUAUCCAGCAGCCAUUUGAAUCGCUUUACAAUUUCAUGAUAUUGCCUGAAUUAACAGACCUGAUAAUUGGCAAGUUCUUUUUAGUAAAGCAUGAAGCCUUAUUUUAUAUAGUCCUAUUUUUUAAAAAUCAUAUUUCCUAUAUUGCUUGAUUCAGGUUACAGUGAAAAGCAUGCAAAAUAUGAUAAAGAGGAAAAUAUCUGAUCAACUAUCUGGAAAUGGUGAGAGAGAAGGUCCACGGAGACUAUAACUCACUAUGUCUCUGCAGAUUAAAGGGCAAGUUCAUCUGUAGAAAAUGUAUUAAAUGUUCUUCAAUUUUUAUAAGCUACCACCAGCAAUGUAUACUGGGGUGCUGGUUUGAAUCGUAAGUGGAAUAAAUAAAAUCCAAAGAUCUAAUGGUGCUUUUUAAUUUACAUACAAGCUUGGCAAAAUUAAAUCAAGUUCAGCUUAACUGUUUAUCAUGUUGAGCUUUAUAAAAUUACCAUCAUUACGCUUGAUAAUACUAACAUCUAGACCGCAGGAAGUACUUGAACACUGGAAGGAAGAUAAAUGCUAUAUAAAGUAAUGUGAUAUUUAUGACGAUAGUCACCAUCACUGGGAGGUUAUUCUUAUGUCUUAGUCACCACGUGCUCAUUAUAUGUACAGGGUGAAUAAAAUGUAGCCCCAUGUAGCCAAAGCGCAGCUAAGCGAAAAAAGGCCUUGACAGGGGUUAGGAGGCGGGCAUAGGAGGAGGGAAGGAAGUAUGGAGUUAUGGGUAAGUAGGCUUGGCUAUUUAAAUAGGCAGCCAUUUUAAAUCCUUCACUUUUAAUUACUACCUUGCCGAGUUUAUGUGCACUCCUGUGUCCACGGAUUUGGCUUGGUGGGUCUUUGUUUUUUCUCUCCUUCUGCAGGGUCGAUGGAUGACAUGGAGGAGCUGUUGGAGCGGAUCCGGUCGGCAGCUCGAGGACGUGGCGUGGACUGGCUGCGGGCGCAACUUGGACCGGCCCUGGCGGGUGCUGCGGAUCCUGAGGGCAGCGGAGGUCGGCCUGUGCGGGCCUUGAGGCCGCCGAGACGGCUGAGACCAGGCACGGAGUCCGGUGGGGACGGUUCCAGUGGCCGGGCGGCGGCGGGACCAAGCCGCAAAGGACCCGGUAGCCGCAUGGUUGAGGCUCCGCCUCCCGGCGUGUUACCGGGACGUCAGAGAAACAGUAGCCGGCAGGCGGCUACCCGGGAGACGGACGGCACGGCUCCCAGUUCGGGGAGGGCUGCGCCUGGAGCGGGGGCCGCGGAAGACAUCGGGCGGCCCCCUGGAACCGGAGGUGAUGCGGGAUUGCGGCCCGGGAUGGCGUCCCCUACACCCAUGAUGGGGACUGGCGGGGCCGGUGCGGGAGGAGCUCGUGGACCGCCCCUGGAGCAGGCAAGUGCAGGGGGUUCCGGCCGGGGCCCCCUUGGCGCGGAUCAGCGCAGGAGGACUGGGCACGGGGUUCAGAGACCUGGGGGGGGAUGGAGAGGGGUCAGGUUCCUCCUGGAUCGGGGGCAGAGAGGCCUAGGGGGGAGGGUGCGCUGGGUAGUUCCAGGAUAGUGAGCGUGGAGCAAGGGCCUGUAGCCGGGAGGGUGGAUGGGCCAGGGGGUACGGCGGGGGGAGGUUUGCCAUCGGGUGGGGGCAGGAGGUCUAGGUGCGCAGGGCGUUCAGGGCAGGUUAGGGGUGCGGGGUCUGGGGACGGUCUAGAGGUACCGAGGGGAGGGGGUUCUUCUAGCCGGGGGGCCCGCCGGGGUGGGGGGUGGGGAUUCCCCCGCGCUGGUGAGCAGCUAGGUGGGCGUAGUACUGGGGGGGCACAGGGUCGGGGUCUGGUGAUAGCAGCCCGUCACCGGUUAGGGCCCGGGGGUUCGGGGGGGUUAAGGGAAGGGCUCGGCGCGCUAGGUCCUCAUCUAGUAGUUCAGGGUGGGUGAGUGUCAUGGAGACGUAAAACUGUGGUCAUUGGUGGUUGGUAGGUUCCGAGUCCUGUCGGUGGCUCAGAAUCUGGUGGGGCAGGGGUAUCCGGGUAUACCCCUGCCAUGGUUAAUUUAUGUUUGGCACUUUAAGUUGGUAUGUUGGAAUAUGUUGAUAUGUAUGUUAUAUAUAUAUAUAUAUGUAUAUGUGUUAUUUAUAUGGGGGUCAUUGCCUGUUAUAUUAACAGAAGGAUUCGGAUGCGAGGGCGGAGUAUGGGGGCAAUGACCCAUGUUUAUUGUUAAAUUAUUAUUGCUAUGGUUAUUAAUAUGGAAAUUAAUAAAUUGUUAUUAUUCAAGAUUGUUUAAAUAAAGCUGUGGACAAAUUUUCCCAUAUACCUUUGUGUCAGUGAGUUAUUGGGUUAGGUAUGUGGGAGGGUUGUCCUGGAGUCCGACUGCCCAUAUGGCGACUAUACACCAGUCAUGUAGCCCCAUGUAGCCAAAGCGCAGCUAAGCGAAAAAAGGCCUUGACAGGGGUUAGGAGGCGGGCAUAGGAGGAGGGAAGGAAGUAUGGAGUUAUGGGUAAGUAGGCUUGGCUAUUUAAAUAGGCAGCCAUUUUAAAUCCUUCACUUUUAAUUACUACCUUGCUGAGUUUGUCCCGCCCACCCUCCCUGAAUUUGGUUCGGACUUGGGUUAUCCCGUUUUUUCACAGCGGCGGGAUAGGGAGCUGAAGGAGAAGAAAUAGGCUCCCUAGGAUGAACGUCAUGGAGACGUAAAACUGUGGUCAUUGGUGGUUGGUAGGUUCCGAGACCUGUCGGUGGCUCAGAAUCUGGUGGGGCAGGGGUAUCCGGGUAUACCCCUGCCAUGGUUAAUUUAUGUUUGGCACUUUAAGUUGGUAUGUUGGAAUAUGUUGAUAUGUAUGUUAUAUAUAUAUGUAUAUGUGUUAUUUAUAUGGGGGUCAUUGCCUGUUAUAUUAACAGAAGGAUUCGGAUGUGAGGGCGGAGUAUGGGGGCAAUGACCCAUGUUUAUUGUUAAAUUAUUAUUGCUAUGGUUAUUAAUAUGGAAAUUAAUAAAUUGUUAUUAUUCAAGAUUGUUUAAAUAAAGCUGUGGACAAAUUUUCCCAUAUACCUUUGUGUCAGUGAGUUAUUGGGUUAGGUAUGUGGGAGGGUUGUCCUGGAGUCCAACUGCCCAUAUGGCGACUAUACACCGGUCAUGUGUUGUUAAAUGUUUUAUGAGCUCUCCUGUCCUGCUGAUGCUUACUACUACUAACUAGCUUGAUUUCGCUGCGGAACCUGUACAGUGCAAUCUGUUGCUUGCAAACAUAUUGCAAGUUACCGUAUUUAUACUCACACUACAUCCACCACACAUUCAAACACUCUGCAUUCAUUAUACACAGACACGGCAUCUAAUACACACUACAUCCACUACACAAACACACACUACAUCCACUACACAAACACACUCUGUAUUCACUAUACACACACUACAUACACUCCAAAAACACACACACAUUGUAUCUAAUACACACAAACACUACACACAUUACACAAAUGUAAACUCUGUAUCCACUAUACACUCACUCUGCAUCCAUUGCACGCAUUCUCAUUCUACAUCCACUAUACACACACCACAUUCAGUCCUGCAUCCUUGUCGGCGGGUGCAGAAAGAGCCCUGUGGGCGGAGUCGGGGUGGGCCCCGGGGGCCCAGACCUUGAGCUUUGUUUGGGGACCCAACAUUUCUGAUUGCAGCCCUGCCUGUAGUCAAUAGUGGAGGCAGUUAGCAGCACUUGGUGGACACCAACUGUUCUAACAUAGUUUAACUAUUUGGACUGGGUGGCCUAAUGGCACUACUGGCACCAUAAGUACUACAGUUCACUACAGUUUACUACAGUGCAAUAUGUGAGCUACGGUAGUUGGAGUUCUUUAAAGGGCUACACACACACAUUGUCGUGAGUUCUAAAUUUCAAAUCAUUUGUUAUUUCAAUUAUAUAAAGCUGCAUCAUAACACAAAGUGUUACCCUCGAGCAAAAUUACAGAACAAAUGUAAUUUUAGAAUUAAACACAUUUUAUUAGAUUAAAUAUUGGACAAGACUUAAUGUCUUAAUCAGAUCAUUUCCAUUAAUAAAACCCAUUUCUAGAAUGAUUAUCAAAAUGUCAAAAUAAGGACUCCAUGGUACUGAUGCUGGUACCAGAUCCAAAGAGAUUUUUUACUAGUCUGUUCAACUGGUUUCUAAUUAUAUUGUUGCCCUGAUUGGUGCAUUACAUAGAUUGACAAUUCUAAAGUCACCAAUGAUUACAUUAAUUAUGCAAUCAUCAAUCAGAUAAAAAACAAACUAGAUUAGUAUUGACAGCUGAGGGUAGAAAGGUAGAGCCUGGGUGAUGGUGCAUUGAUGGAAUACACAGAGGGAUGAAAUGAGGUCAGUGAGUGGGGAAUAGGACAUAAGGUCAGGUGAAUUGGACUAUAAGGAACUAUAAAGAGGAGGAAGGUUAAGGAAGGUAUAUGUGAAUUGAUAGGUUGCUUGCACUAUGUAUAAUGUGAAAAUAAUUUUCAGUGAUAAGGGCUCACAAGGAUAUCCUAAAAUAUUGGAGUAGUAGUAUUAUUAAUAUUGCUUAUUUAACUAGAAAUGUAACAUAGCUAAACAGAAAUAAACAAAUAUUAUAAAACUUUAUAUUUAACAGACUCAUGGCGUGAUUUGUUUAAAAUCUUCAUAUGUGUGCUUAGAAUCUGCAAAAUCUGAAAUCUGUUGUUGGUCAAUCAUGUAUUUUCCUUUAAAAAUGUUAACGUUUUUCAGAAAACAUAUGUUACGAAUGACCUGGCACCCCGACUGGGUACCUCCGUUAAUGGAUGGUUCCUAGCUGACGCUGAGGACUAUAAGCACCGCACCAGAAACCACAACCACCGCAGACUCCACAACCGCCGCAGCUUAACUGGAAUCUCGCCGUCUUCCUUUCACCCUGGUUCAACCUCUGACAUUCAGGACCGUGUGGGAGAGACCUCUCCUCCAGGAGAGCAUAACAAGAACAGCUCUUAAAGGACCACUCUAGGCACCCAGACCACUUCAGCUUAAUGAAGUGGUCUGGGUGCCAGGUCCAGCUAGGGUUAACCCAUUUUUUCAUAAUUAUAGCAGUUUCAGAGAAACUGCUAUGUUUAUGAAUGGGUUAAGCCUUCCCCCUAAUCCUCUAGUGGCUGUCUCAUUGACAGCCACUAGAGGCGCUUGCGUGCUUCUCACUGUGAUUUUCACAGUGAGCACGCAAGCGUCCAUAGGAAAGCAUUGUAAAUGCUUUCCUAUGAGACCGGCUGAAUGCGCGCGCAGCUCUUGCCGCGCGUGCGCAUUCAGCCGGCGGGGCGUAACGGAGGCGGAGAGAAGGAGGAGAGCUCUCCGCCCAGCGCUGGAAAAAGGUAAGUUAUUACCCCUUUUCCCCUUUCCAGAGCCGGGCGGGAGGGGGUCCCUGAGGGUGGGGGCACCCUCAGGGCACUAUAGUGCCAGGAAACCGAGUAUGUUUUCCUGGCACUAUAGUGGUCCUUUAAAAGAGCUAAGUGAUUAAAGCCCAGGGGAGUAUACAAAGUAUAGCAAUCCCCACUGUGAUUAUAGCAGUUCCCCUCCAAUCACGAGACAAGACUACGUGUUGAGGGUCAAACAGGAUCAGAAAGUCUAAUGGCACACACUAGUCUUUUAUGCAAGUUUUACAGCAAAGAUGACGCCUAGGUGGACCUGGUUGGGCACCGAAUACAAAACAUACAAGCCAAUAAAAACAGAGGUUUACAUUCAGACACUCCCAUACAGUGUACACAAUCCCUCGCCUCUGCCUGUGAUACAAUUAACGAAGACAAUGUACUAACUCAAUUAACUUUAAGCAGAAAAAACAUACAUUUUUACAAAGUCUGGAAAACACCCCAAAACAUAACAUAUCCCCCUAAAUCUCCUGAUAGCCCUGAUCAGGGUGAACAACAUAUCCAAAAAUCACCCGGAUCAGAGCAGAGGUUCAGGAAAUUCCUGGAAGUUUCUUUUGACCGACCGCAAGCACAUUUUCAUGCCCAAAACAGUUCCAGAGAAUUAGGCUGUGCAGCCGGUCUAUUUUCAAUGUUAAAAGUGCACUAUAGUACAAGGAAGGGUGGGGUCGGACAAUAGCAAGGGCUGAUGGGAGAUUGAGGAGGGACAAAGCAGCCAGUUUAAACUGGUCUGGCAUUGUCUCUGGGACAACGCCCUGCUGGAGAAACAAUAGGACAGGAAAAAGGGGGGUGGGAAGAGGCACAUUUUCCCAUGGCAGUCACUUUUUUUAACAUGUCUUUUUGCAGGGCCCAUAGUCUUUGGGCAAAAGGCUGGCCAUUAGUCCUCUCCAAAAACCAGUGGCGAAAUUUCGUCACAACAUACAUAUAAAGACAUACAUAAGAACGAACACAGAAGAAUUGACAAUGUUGAGAAAUGUCAAUUCAAUAACAAGCCCGAAUUUCACCUAUAUAUCAGACAUUGCAUCCUGUAAUGUUAUGGCAGUGUGGAUCCACAUAGACUGCUUUGACUCAUCAUGCUUUAUUUUAAUAUGUGAUAUCUAUGAUAUCUGCCUGAAGAGGUGGUUUUAUCAGAGUCCCUACAGAUGAUUAAACAGCAACUGGAUGAAUUCUUGCAAAAACAUAAUAUUCAGUGAUAUCAUUUUUAAUAUGUGGGAUAACAGCUUCUUGAUCCAAGGAGAGAUCUGACUGCCAUUCUGGGGUCUCAAAUGAUUUUUAGUUUGUAGCAAAAUUGAAAAGUGCUUCAACUUGGAUUUUUUUUGCCUUCUUUUGGAUCAGAGACAAAAACAAUGUACAAAGGCUGUACUUCAUGGAUUCCAGUCUUUUUUCAGCCUGUAUAACUAUGUAACUGUGUAUAGGGCAAACAAUGACAGUCUUUGUUACUGAUGACAGUCAUUUUAAAGGGACAUUAUAGGCAGCCAGGGCACAAAUAGUAUGGGUGCAGUGUCCCUGUCCUAACUCAGUGAAACGACGCUGGACGUCUGAGGUUGCGCAUUAGGUUUACCCCAUCGGCUGGCAUUGGAGAGGAUGUAAUUGUUUAAAGGUUUAUUUAAACCUUUAAAGGCUGGUGGUGGAACUCAGGGCAGGAGGGGGUCGAGGCAGAGGGACACUUUAAUGUUAGUUAAUACAGCUUUAUAUUCCUAACACUAUAGUGUUCCUUUAACCCCUUAAGGACACAUGACAUGUGUGACAUGUCAUGAUACCCUUUUAUUCCAGAAGUUUGGUCCUUAAGGGGUUAAGGUGAUUUGGAUCUUUGUCUUGCUAAGGAAUCAAGGACAGUAACUGUAUACAGUCCUCAUGGAAUGUUAUGAGGCAAGCAUUUACAAAGUAACAUAAACCUUCACUACCAAAUAUCUUUUAAAAAUUACUUGAAAGAUUGGAUUCAUAGCUAUAAUAUACACUGUAAUGAAUAUUUACAAAUGUCAAACAAAUAGAAAAAAAUGAAAUGUACAUGGAAAUAUGGAACCCAUGGGUUAUGAGAACAAUCAGAGCCUUUCCAUUUUAUCAAAUAUUCAACCCAGUUGUAACAAAUUUUGGAGUCGAGUAUCUCCUCAAUUUCAUGUUCCUCAUCAUUGUCAAUGAGGAUAGGAGGAGGAGGAGGAGGCAAUGGUGAUAGGGGGUCAAAAUUAUAAAUUUUUAAUAAAGAAACAUGGAAAGCAGGAUGGAUUUUCAUGUUUAAUGGGAGCAAAAGUUUAUAAGAAACUUGAUUGAUUUGUUUUAUUAUUUUUAGAAGGACCGAUGUAAGUGGGAGAAAGCUUUUUUGAAGGUCCUUGCAACUUUAAAUAUUUAGUUGAAAGCAAGACCGUAUCACCUAUUUGAAAUAGGGGAUUGCUACCCUGUCUGGAGUCGGCAUUAAAGGACCACUAUAGGCACCCAGACCACUUCAGCUCAAUGAAGUGGUCUGGGUGCCAGGUCUAUCUAGGGUUAACCCUGCUUGCUGUAAACAUAGCAGUUUGAGAGAAAGCAACUCUAAGGUCUAAUUUGGUAAACCACUUUGCAUUCUUAAUCCUUUCGAAAAUUUCAGGAAUUUAGGGGAGAGGGCAUUGAUGCUUAACAGUUAUCUUGUUUAAUUUGCGGUAAUCAAUGAUAGGUCGGAUAGACCCAUCCUUAUUAGUAACGAAGAAUAUUCCUGCUCCAUCGGAAUGCCUAAAAAACACUUUUUUCAGGUUGUUAUCUAAGUAGUCCUUUAAAAUCUUAAGUUCGGGUUCGUAUAAAGGGUAAAUAUGACUGUAGGGGGUUGUAGACCCUUCCAUAAGGUCGAUAGGGCAGUCAUUGGGUCUGGAGGGAGGAAGUUUACAAGCUUCAGUUUCACUAAAAAAGUCAUCGAAUUCAAGGUAAUGAUCUGGAAUUAUAGGGGACACAGAUUUUGGAAUGUUUUAUGCAGGUGGAAGUGCAGUAUUCAGAAUCAAAAUUAAAAGUAUUUGAGGACCAAUUGAUUAAAGGGUUGUGCAUUUUUAGCCAAGAGAGUCCUAAUACGGCAUUAAAAAUUUAAAAAUUAACAAUGUCAAAAGCGAUUUCUUCAAAGUGGAUCUUCUCAAUUGUAGUUUUAAGAGAGAGAGUUUGGAAACAUAGCACCCGAAUUAGAAACAGAACCAUCAAAGAGAACGAUUUGAGAGGAAUGGGUUUUUCUAUGAACUGGAAUGUUGUAGACAUGAAUUGUUUUUUGGUUUAGAAAGCAACCCGAUGGCACCAGAAUCAAUGAUAGCAACAACAUCAACCAUUGUAUGAUUUACAAAAAGCGGAAUUGUAACAAAGCAAUUAUCCUGUUUGUUUAGAGCUGUAGAAAAAUAAGUAUUGGAGUACUUACCAAUCUUAGUUCGUCUGGAAAGGAGACAAUUAGGUAGUAGAUGAGAAGGAGAUGCACAAUACAUGAAUAAAUUCAUAGACUUUCUUCUGUUCUUUUCGGCAUUAGAUAAAGGACCUCUUAUGGAUCCUACUUCCAUUGCUUCAUUUUUUGAAUAGCUGGGAGUAUUAGUAGGUCAAGGGAUAGAUGAAAUAGACGGUCUGGAAGUUAGAGGAAGAGGAUAUUUCUCUUUUCUCUAAAUCUUCUGUCCAAUUGAAUAGUGAGGUAAAUCAAGUUUGUGCAAGUUCGUCAUGGAGGUUAUCAAACAACCCUAGUCUAUACUGGUACUUUAGGGUGGCCUCAUUCCAAGAAGUAUCAGUAGCAAGUCUCCUAAAUUGUGAAACGUAAUCUUCAGCAGUGUUUUUUCCCUGAGUUAGGGAAUGUAGUAAGGUUUUAGCAGUGUAACUUUUAUUAGUAUCAUCGUAAAGCUUAUUCAUCUCUUGUAAAAAUAAUUAAAGGGAAGAAAGACAUGAAUCAUCUGAUUCAAUGAGUUGGUAAGCCCACUUAGCUGAAUCACCUUGAAGUAAAGAAAUAAUGGUCUUUAUCUUUACAUCAUUGCUGAUGUUUGGGGUCUGAGAGCGAACAUGAGCUUGCACUCGUGUAUGAACCCUCUGUAGGAGGAACGAUCCCCAGAAAAUUUCACUAUGACGAGAAAGGGAAUGUUUUCUUAAAGUGUCCACUUGGUUUUGGAUAUCAUUUAAUUUGACGUGGAAUUCCUGAAUAGAUUGUGUCAAUAACUCAACCUGCGAUUGUAGGGUCUGGAAAGCCUGGGAAAGGUUAGUGACUUCCAUUUUUUAAAUAGGUUUGACAAUUGAAGGCACAGUUAAUCUGUAAUGAAUAUUUACAAAUGUUAAACAAAUAGGAAAAAAAAUGAAAUCCACUCACCCUUUCAAGGAAGUUCAGAUCUAGCAGAGAUAAGAGGUAAUCCAAUAGGCAAUAGGUAUGUCCGGUCCGAGGUCGGCAACAAGAGAUUCAACAGAGAUAAGGGGUAAUCCAAUAGGCAUGUCCUGACAUACAAUUUAAUAACACACAAAUUUAAUGUGCAGAUUGCUAUUCAGGGAUUUAAAAUAUAUUUAUAUUAUAUCAAUUAUAAUGUUUCCAUAUAAUUUUUAACCCUUCCAGAAAUAUUGGAGGAAAGGAGACAAAGUGUUUUAGCAACUUUAUGUUAUCCCUUAUAUAGCAAUAUUUCAGGGAGAGUAAGAUAUUUGCAUUAAGGCCGACUUAAAUAUAUAAUCAACCAUAAUAGACAUUGUGAAAAAUAAAUACAUAGAAAUGUGUAAUAUUUUGGUUAUUUGUUUCUGUAGUAUGUGAUUGGGGGGUACUGCUCCCUCCCUGUCAGGGUCUUACCUGGAGGUGGGAGUCCGAAGUGCAGAGGUUUACGCUCACCCUUGCUGAUAAACACAGCCCACUCUAAGCAGGUAAGAAGCCACCUGGGCUGUGAAUCUGUGCACGGGGGCUUGACAGGAAAGGUGCUCUAAUUCACAGUGCAGACAUGGGCACAGUCAAAAGGAUUGUCGAGGUGUAGCCGUGGUUAGAAACAUAGAAUGUGACGGCAGAUAAGAACCAUUCGGCCCAUCUAGUCUGCCCAAUUCUUUUAAAAUUGAGGAUGCCAGAAGUCAGAAUAAACGAGUAGAGGACCAAGAUCAGAAGGCUGGAGAAUACUAACACAGGAAACAAAAUAGCAGGAACCAAAUACAUCAACCGGAAACAAUGAACUGACACUGCCCUCAGGGCGAAGAAGUGUUAUAUACCUGGAUAAUAAGCAAUCUGCCUCAAGUGGACUUGGCGUGACAGGUAGCAGCCACAGGUGAAGUUCAGCCCCCUAAUGCUGCAGACAAGGCCAGGUUAACUGGGCUAGAACCACACAAAUAGAAUAUAUAAAAAAAAAGCAAAAAUCCUUAAAAAUUACAAAAUUAAAAAACAAAGUCAACAGGCAAAUACAAAAUAAGAUACCAGGUAAUCAGACACGGUCCCAAAAUAGUUAUGCUUCUUUCUUCCGAUUUUCGUAAAAUGCUCUUGUAUAGGCUUCACUUAUGACAGCGUAUGAAAGAGAGCAGAGAAGGUAAAUCAAUAGUGCAAUAUGUCACUAAAAUAUAUAACAUACGACACUCAAGUCCAAUUUUCAAUUUUCAAAUUUAAUAGAGCUUUAACCAGCCCUGGAUUAAACACCGUACAGUGGUUUUAAUCCCCACUUGUAGGAUAUCCCUCUGAGGAUAAUUCACAACAGGGUAGUGGUGGGAUGGACCAUAGAGACCGGAAAGGGAAAAACGAUAGUACUCCCUGUAUGGCUGAGUAUAAAUAAUAAAUGAAAAUAUACUCACAAUAAACUGAGCAGACAAACUGCUCUAUGUUUCAAGUGUGAGUGGCAUAAUUCCCACCUGGGAUUCUUUUGACAGUUGUCCGCAGGUGUCACAGGUGAUGAAUCUAAAUUCGAGGUAGGAAAUGAAAUACUGAGCAUAAAAAGACAAAAAAAGUAUGUGGCAGAAACCAGAUAAUGAGGUAGCCAAACAGUACUUUUAUUAAUCAAAGACACAAUAAAUCCACAACGCGUUUCACAUCUUGGGGCUUUUAUUCACCAGAAAUAUCAGUCUUUGUAUCUAUGAUAAAUUUAAGAUUGUUACUACACCAACAAGGUACAACAGACCAGGAAGUGAACCAGGUGUAGAGAUCUGAAGCAAUACACAUUAACCAAUCUCCUGUUGCCCUGACUAAAUCACAAUUUUGAAAUAUGGAACCCUGGGGGCCCAGGACGGCAAAGUAAGUUGCAGGCAGAUGGAAAAUGUGCCUCUAGGGGCCCAAAUUUGUAGUUUUUCCUCAGUAUACAGACUAUCUGUGAGCUUGGACUGUUUUAAGUCAGACAGCAUCUGUUUGAGUGUACUGGGGGAGGAGAGGAAUAGAAGGAGAGAGUUUUUUUUUUUUUUUUUACUGGUAGCUCUGUACAGCAUCCAGAACACAUGCUCACACAAAUAUCUCUGCUCUUUCCUUAAUGAAGUACAACUAAUGUUUUACGAUGAAGGCUAUUAACUUGCUAUUCCGCUGUGUUAUGUUUUCGGUCUUAAAUUACGGUAAGUCAUUUUAAAAAAAAAAAUCUAUUUAUUUUACAUUUUUACAUUAAUAUAUACAAUGUAUGUUGAUGCUAUUUAAAUUAGUUAGUUCAUUUGAUUGUCAAAAAAAAAAAAAAGCAGAGUCCAUUUUUUCCAUGUAUGUGUGUUCUUUUUUUUAUUAACCAUUUCGGGACCAGAGAUGGUCAAAUCUCAUGUUAUCUUGACAGUACCGACUGGCCCUGAACAGGUUAAUAUAAAAGGAUGUCAGUGUGUAUGAAUACUUAAUAACACACACUUGUGCUUUUUCCUCUCUCGCUUUGAGUGUUUGUAAAAAGUAAUGUCUUUUUUCUUCACGUUCCUGUAUGUGUCUUAGUAAUGUAUCUGUGCAGACUUUGAGUAUGGUUAUAUGCGUGCUUUUAUAAAUUAGUUUAUUUUGUUAGAAUGGUCAUACUUAUGACUAUUUCCGCAUCAUGGAAAUUGUGAUUGACAACACCUGAGUGACAACUGUUAGACUAUCAUUGUAUUAAAGUGCUAAAAGCACAAGCUAGGCAAAUAUUGCUGUAAAGUAUUAAAAGAAGCAGUAAGUGAAUUUAUAUUAAGAUAACUUUACUCUCAAGGUGUACAUUUGUGGAUCAUUGUACAUGCGUUUGUGGAUCAUUGUACAUGCGUUUGCGUUUACAAAUUUGAAUACAUUGGCAAACACAUGGGACAUGGGAGGGGGGGGGAUCAGUCACUCCCAACUUACAGAAUAGUUGUGAAUAAGAAUAAUAAGAAUGCAAUUAUUUAUAUAGAACCCACAUGUUCCACAGCGCUGUAUAUUGAUUGUAUUUAGUUAUCAUAUGGAUCCCAUUUUUCCGGAGGUAUUUCUGGAUCCAUUAAAAUAUUAUUUUCUGAAACUGAGAAUUGUGGAGAAUUGACAAUGGAAUUGCACACGGAAGGCUUAAUUAACUAGCUAUUUUAGCCAACAAUUUGAAAUUACCUUGUCGAGUCUGCUCAAUGCCCAGUUUAGUUCAAAAAGUGUAAAAAGUCAGACGACACCAGGAAAAAAAUAAAUCAGAUAUUUCUCUGCAUCAUUGUUACUACCGCUGAAUUGAAUGGUUCUAACAGUGUAUGUGUCGGAAGACUUUCUGUUCCUUGCUUCACUCGUUAUAUCAGUGCAAUUAGAAGAUGGAUGCACUCCGCUGACUAAUUGUACAUUGCGAAGAAAGCGUGUUGUGAUCUUCUUAAUCAGUUUAUCUAUUUAAACACUGCAGAGAUGACGAAACAGUUAUACCAUCAUGUCCAGUAAAAAAAAAAACAAAAAAAAAAAAACAGCCACGCUCCCCAAAGAACUUAAACCAUAUUCUGUAAUGUAAUGAAACCUCGAGAUUUGGCAGUAAUUCAACAUGACAGGUUCACUGACGGACUACAGCAAGGGAUAGAUAACCUCUGAAAUACAGGCUACGGUGGAUUACAACUCUGAUAAUGUUAAUCCAAAACUCGUAUUCCACAGAGGUUAGAUUAUGAAGAGUUACCUAGAUGUACCAUAGCACUCAUGGAGUGUGUCUGUAUGCACGUUAUAAAUAUGUAGGAUUCUUUUUAAGCAUAGAGCAAUUCUUGUUUAGGCUCCCGUUUAGGCUCUCGAUUGGCUCACGUGGAUCAGAAAACUUUCUUACAGAUUUCCAGGUCACAUACAUAUCAGGUAAAAAUACGUUCUGCAAAGAUAAAACAGAAACUGGAAAAGGUUUAAAAUAUGCAUAACACCUUUCCAUAACAAUGACUUUCUGCUCUGUUUCUUACAGCCAGGCUGACGUGGUGCUCGCUACAGGACUCUAAAUGCAUUUGUCUUUGCUCUUACAUCGUGUUCCUAACAAACAUGACCAGCGCACAGGCAAUAAUGUAACAACAGAAGGUUCAAUUCAAAAUGAAAGUCAAUUUAAGGCCAAAGUAGCUGCAACUGAAGCAAAACUGAUUGGGAGAAUUUUUCCAUUUUGGUUAUUUUGGCCUUGAAAGUUAAAUUCACUUGGAAUUUCCAAGAGUUCUCACUGUAGUGAAUAGCCCUGCAUGUCUAUGGAGUUAUAGUGUGCACUGUAUUCUUUUAUUUUGUCCUAUAUAAUUGAACUUUCUACUGUUGCAUUAUUGCAAAUCAAAAUAACAUGUAAUAGCAUGUAACGUUUGGUAUUGGUAAUAAGCUGCAGAUUUAUGUAACAUAUUUGCCCAAGAUUUUCUAAGGAAUGUCCUAAGAAGUAGGAGGUUUGCAGAUCCAUAUUUUUUUCCUGGGCAUGUCAUAGAACAGUAAAUGAAAAAAGAAUACCUUGUAGUAUGACAAAAUGAUAUGCUACAGGAAGGCAUUAAUAAUGACAUAUGCUUCUUUAAGAUCACAGCUUGAAUAAUUGAAUCUCCUUGUUCAAUAUGUGCAUUAUUCAUCAUGGUGUGGGACAGCAACAUGUAAAAACUAUGCAUGUCCAGGAAAACAUGUCGGCUCUGUCAGUGCUGCCAAAGAUGCUGACAGUCAGAUGGACUUAAAUACAAGUUUGUAUUGCUGUAGGGUCAGGAAAACAAACGUGUGUUCCUGAUCAUAUAGUGUUAAAAACACUAUUUAGGUGACUGCCUCCUCUCCCUCCCUUAAAAAAGGUAGAAACGUACCUUUAAUCUAGACCCAUGCAGCGCUGGCCCCACCCCUGCUCCCAUCUGACAAUCUCAGCCAAUCCAAUGCUUUCUCAUAGAAAAAUAUUGGAUUGGCUGAGAUCUUCAAUUAUGAUUAACUCAGCAAAGGAGGCGGGGCAGAACCAAACACAGUGCUGGCCAAUCCGCAUCUCCUCAUAGAAAUGCAUUGAAUUUGGUGACUAUAGUGUCCUUUAACUUUGUGUGUGGAUACAUCAUGUGUGGUCUUGGAAUACUCAUCACUUAGUCCAGGCAGCCUUGGAGUGUGACUUUACUGUCUUACUCAAUUUUAAAAGGCUUUGGUGCUAUAAGUCUUUGGGCACAGCCUACCAUGGCAAAUAAUUUCAGCCAAUCUCGACAUGGACAGAGGAUACCCAUGGAUUUAAUUAAAUCUGAGAUCUCACACUUAAUUAAGUUUAAAUCUUGUUUGGUGCCCUUAUUGACUUUUACAGCACACUAGGGAUCAAAUGUACUUCACUACACUAUACCAUCUGGGGCAAAAUAUGUAACUUUUGCUAAUUAUUUUAUUUGGUAUAUAAAUCUCUAGCUAUGAGAGGUCAGAGAGGUCAGUUUUCUCCCUCCAUAGAUGUAAAUUAAAGAGCCAAUCUUGUGACUUUCAUGGGGUUGGCCUUUGAAGACCAGUUUUCCAACCAAAUGGAGGUUAUAUGGAUGAAUCUGUAAGGGUUAAAGAUUACCAGAAAAUCUUACAAUUCCCGGUUGCAUUAUAGACGUUUUUCUUUAUCCUUAUCCUUGAGGAAACUGUACUGUGGGUACUGUCGUGUAGCUGUAGGCAAAUGUAUUAGACGUACAUCUUGCAAAGGGGUUGAUUGCUACAAAGAUUCAAGGCAUCCAAUAUGGUAUUUUUUAAAUAUGGCAAAUCUAGUUUUUAUUUUGUUGUACACAUAUUAUGUCAAGUACAGACCAUGAUAAAAUAUUUUCCAGAUUAACUGAAAACAGCCUCCUUUGUUUACAGGGGUGAUUGGCUCUAAUGUAGAACACAAGCUGUACAAAGAUCUCUUCACUCGGUAUAACCCAUACAUCCGACCCGUGGAGAAUGUAUCCGACCCCGUCAUUGUCCAGUUUGAAGUGUCAAUGUCCCAACUUGUCAAAGUGGUGAGCAUGCCAUACUCUAUUAAUUUACUUUGGAUUCAUCAACAAAAAUGGUUAAUUGGUGGAUUUGCCGGGGAUAUCUGAAUUGCAUAAGGCAUUUUUAUUAUGCAAGUCGUUUACUUGUUGGAUCCUUAUAAGGUCUUUUGAAUAAAACACUGUAUUCAGCUCUGUGGAUCUGUCUGUGAGAGUCAUUAUAGAUAACGUUUAACAUAAAGCUAAUCUGAACAGGGCCCGCAACACUCUCUGUUCCUGUGCAUCCAACUCGUCUUGUUGUAGUCGGCCCACUGCACAUCACUAUGGAACUUGUAAGCGCUUUAUAAAUAAUAAUAAUAAUAAUAUAAAGCCAAUUCUGUCGGGUCUGAUAUCAGGUGAAGGAAGGAUUGCUUGGUUGGCGAGAUUAGCAUGGAAUGUGUCUAUAACGAAAUUAGUACUACGGACAGCGAAGGCAUGCCACCACAGUGUGCAUGUCGGCCAAGAGUAAAAAAAAAAUCCAUUAAAUAAAAGCAACUUGAAACACAAAAAUCUGACCAAAAACUUUUAAAACCACAAUACAAAAACAAAAAAUUAACAUUAAAGGCCUGUAUAACAGAGUAUACCCAUGCUAUAGCUGGCUUGUUCCAAGACUAGAAGGCAAAAUAUCCGGACCAUAUUCUCUUUUCUUCAUCAUUGCAAAAUACAGACAUUAAUAAAUUAUGAUGUCAAUGUCUGGAUUUUCCAGUCUGAAUGCUGCUGUAAAAAAAGGGGGUAUUUUUUUUUUUUUUUUACCUAUUCCAAACAUUACAUUUAACGUUAGUGAUUUACCCUAUUAGUGUACAUAUCCUUCUGAUGUCUGCCCUAAGGCAAUUUAGGCGGUCACGAUGACCCAGUCACCGCGAGGCCUUAGGCUGCCGCCUAAAUCGCCUAAUUAGAGAGCCACCUCUGCUGAGGGGAUUUCGAGGUUCUUUGUGAAAAGACCUUUAUAGGGAUGGGAUAGGUUUAGGGAUAGGAUAGGGUAUAGGUUAGGGGUAAUGCUAGAAAAGGUGUAAGGUUAGAUGUAGUGUAGGGAUAGGGGUAGGAUUGGAGAUGGGUUAGGUCUGUUAUAGGAUUACUGUUAACUACCAAAAAUGAAAUUAGAUCUUAUGAGACAGAGCUCCCGUACUCCGACCAAGUACCUCCACCAGGCCUGCUUCCACACUGCCACAGGGGAUCUGGAUCACUUCAGACCCUGUCCCGGAAGCUUGACUGGCGUCUCUCAGGAACAUGUCCUCCUAACCAGGCUGCACCUCUCUUCUUCCAAGCAUGUAUCAAAACCUCUGCUUGCACUUUGAUCUGCCACUGCCUUUACAAAGGCACUUGUGGCUCUCAGGCUUUGUUCUUUUGACUUGUCCCAGGUUCCAGGGGUGAAGCAGCCAGCCAACAGGUCCAAAGACUGUGUUACUGAGAUCCCAGAAUAACAGACCAGGACAAACAAUUCUUUAUUUUUGGAUAAAUACUAGUCUUUGGUGACAAGCCUUUAAAAUACAAAUAUACAGAGCAAUAGAGUAAUUAUAAUUAAUACAUGAAGUAUCUAAUACAAGUAACAUGUUUUACACAAUAAAAAGCAUCAAUAUAUGCAUUUAACCAUGUAUUUGGUUGCCAUUAUUUGCAUACCAGCAUUAUGCAAAUGUUCACACUUCCAUUCAGUCAGCAGAGGGUGCUGCAGAAUUAUCAAGUAACAAUGAACAGUUUGUUUUUCAAUUUCUUCCAUCACAAGUCCCUUUCGAGGGCUCUUGGGACCAGGUCCAUAGUUGGGUGGCAAAAGGCUGACCUUCAAGCCUCUCUAAAGGGCCUUGGCAUGGGAGCGUCUGCCACAAAAUACAUAAGAGACAUUUUACAAAUAGGACCAAUAUGUGAAUCUAUUUUGCGUUACUUAAAGUAAUUUUUUUUUAAUUGCAUUUUUAAAAUUUUAAUGUGUGUUUCAGUGUGUGCAUCUGAGUGUGCGUGUAUGUGCCAGUGUGUAUGUAUCUGUGUGUCAGUGUGUGUAUCGGAGUGGAUGUGCCAAUGUGAGCAUCUGAGUGUGUCAGUGUUUGUAUCUGUGUGUCACUGUGUGUAUCUGACUGUGUGUGACAGUGGGUGUUUCAGUGUGUGCAUCUGAGUGUGUGUCAGUGUUUGUAUCUGUGUGUCACUGUGUGUAUCUGACUGUGUGUGACAGUGGGUGUAUCUGUGUGUCACUGUGUGUAGCUGACAAUGUGUGACAGUGUGUGUAUCUGUGUGUCACUGUGUGUAUCUGACAAUGUGUGACAGUGGGUGUAUCUGUGUGUCACUGUGUGUGUCUGACUGUGUGUGACAGUGGGUGUAUCUGACUGUAUGCGACAGUGUGUGAAUCUGUGUGUCACGGUGUAUCUGAGUGUAUGAUACCUUUAUGAAACCAAGUAAGACAUGAGAGCUUGUAGAAACACUGCCAAGGUUCGCAGGCUCAUAGAGCACCAUGUGGAAGUAUUACAAAAAUACCGCUCUGUUACCACUUUACAUUACCGCUGCCAUUAAAUACUCCUGGAUAAUUAACACAUAAUAGAGCAUGGAAGUUCUUGCAUUCAGGUGUCUAAGUACAACAUGAUAACUGACCUGGAUCAGGUAAUGGGUAGGUUUUAUGUGCCAGUGUCUAUGUUUGAGAGUGUGUAUGCACUAGUGUGUAUAUCUGUGUGUGUAUGAGCUAGUGAGUAUAUCUGUGUGUGUAUGAGCUAGUGAGUGUAUCUGUGUGUGUAUGCACUAGUGUGUAUAUCUGUGUGUGUAUGAGCUAGUGAGUGUAUCUGUGUGUGUAUGCACUAGUGUGUAUAUCUGUGUGUGUAUGAGCUAGUGAGUAUAUCUUUGUGUGUAUGAGCUAGUGAGUGUAUCUGUGUGUGUAUGCACUAGUGUGUAUAUCUGUGUGUGUAUGAGCUAGUGAGUGUAUCUGUGUGUGUAUGCACUAGUGUGUAUAUCUGUGUGUGUAUGAGCUAGUGAGUAUAUCUUUGUGUGUAUGAGCUAGUGAGUGUAUCUGUGUGUGUAUGCACUAGUGUGUAUAUCUGUGUGUGUAUAUGCCAGUGCGUUUAUCUGUGUGUCAAGGUGGUCAUACAUGUUUGGUGGCUGUAUGUGUGUGUGUGUGGGGAGUGGAGGGAGGGGAAUUUUGGUGCAUUUUUGAAUGUUGGGAUGCCUGCUUAAAGUGAAACCUUUUAAAUAUGAUGGAACAAACACAUAACACAAAUUCUAGGUUUUCUUUUGGUUCAGAAGUUGGACAAUUGUCUUUGUCCUUUAAGGGUUAAUAUAAAACGCAAAUACAAAAUACCAUUGGCUGUUAAAGAGUUAAUCCAAUUUUCUAACAGUACAACAGAUGAAAUAUAACACAUGUGCUCCCCAGUGGGUAAGAAUAUAUAAAAUAAAAUUACCCUUUCUAUGAAAAAUAUAGAUUGUAAGAAGAUCCCUCAAGUUUUCUCAUUAAUACACAAGCAAUACAAUCUAAAAAUAUAAGAACACACAGAAACCAAUAAUGGUGUAGUAUAUUAAAAAUACUAAAACUUGCGCUUGUGGAAAAUUUCACUUACAAGAUGGCAGUAAGUGAUAGGUGUAUCAAAAUCUUUGGGGUUUGGAGGAGUUCCGAAUUCUUCCUCUUUGGACCUUAAUUAAAAGAUUAAGAGGGAGAGACACAAAACAUAGUGCACCACUAAAAUAAAAAAUAAAGGCUUUAUUUUAGAUUGCACUCAUAAUAUUGUAGUUAAAAUCCAGCAUAUCAGACACUAAGUCUCUCCAGUACCACGGUCUCUUCUAACCUCAGGGCAAACUUUGUAGUGGCCGGAACAAAAAAUCAGCAGAAAAAAUAAACAGUAAAAAUAAAUAAAAAAUAAACAAAAUAAUAAUACAAUUCAUAAUGAAGUCCUGUUCAGGAUGAAACGUGUAGGGCCGGAGAGACCAAGAAGGCACUUUUUUAUUGUUAUUGUUAUUUUUUAUUGUAUUAUUAUUUUGUUUAUAUUUUUAUUUUUUUGUUGUUUAUUUUUUCUGCUGAUCAUGAUGAAGUCCUGUUCAGGACGAAACGCAUAGGGCAGAGAGACCAAGAAGGCACUUUUUUUAUUGUUAUUGUUAUUUUUUAUUGUAUUAUUAUUUUGUUUAUUUUUUUAUUUUUUUUUGUUGUUUAUUUUUUCUGCUGAUUUUUGUUCCGGCCAAGGCCGGAUUAACAUAGGGGCUGAUGAAGCUGCAGCUCCAGGCCCAGGCCCAUGGAAUAGGCCCAUUUAAAAAACAAAAACAAACAAAAAAAAUGUUACUUUUUCUUUUUUUUUUUUUUUACACACUACUUUUGGGUUUGCCACCUGACUGGUAUUUUACCAGCGCAGCCUGUAUUUGAGACUGCCUGGCUGUGCCAGUAUUGCAGUAAUACCGGCAACACAAAUGCAGAAAUUUUUCUCAGUAUAAAUGGAGAUUACUAUGCAAUACCAGCACCAGCCAAUAGGGGUCACUGUGUGUGGAGAGAGGCAGAAAUAGGAAGUUACUCCCUGCCUCUCUCUACUCACUGACCCACGGGGGCGCAGCUACACAGCACAGAUAAUUCAGACCGCGGCUCCCAGCCUGCAGAAACAAACUACAUCUCAGGGAAGUGAGGGAUGGGAUAAAGACUGAAAGAUGGGGGGCGAAAGGCAACAGGGAAACAUGGGGACACUGAGACACUAGGGGACACUGUGAGACAUGGGGAUGCUGAGAUACAUGGGGAUGCUGUGAUACAUGGGGACGCUGUGAGACAUAGGGACAUUGGGAGACACAUUGGGACAUGGAGACACUAGGGACACAGUGUCUCCAUGUCUUCCAGUGUCCCCAUGUCUCCCAGCCAAUGUCCCUAGUGUCUCAGUGUCCCCAUGGCUACCAGUGUCCCCUAGUCUCCCAGUGUCUGUGUCCCCAUGUCUCCCAGUGUCCCGAAUGUCUGUGUCCACAUGUCUCCCAGCCAGUGUCUCCAUGUCUCCUGGUGUCCCUAUGUCUCCCAACCACUGUCCCUAGUGUCUCAGUGUCCACAUGUGUCUCAGUGUCCCUAGUGUCCCCAUGCCUAUGUCCACAAGUGCCCCAUGUCUCCCAGUGUCCCCAAGUGUCUGUGUCCCCAUGCCUCCCAGCCAGUGUCCCUAGUGUCUGUGUCCCCAUGUCUCCCAGUGUCCCCUAGUCUCCCAGUGUCUGUGUUCCCAUGUCUCUCAGUGUUCCUAGUGUCUUAAUGUCCCCAAAUGUCUCAGUGUCCCCUAGUGUCUGUGUCCCCAUUUCUCCCAGUGUCCCCAAAUGUCUCUGUCCCCACGUCUCCACAUGUCUGUAUCCAAAAGUGUCCCCAUGUCUCCCAGUGUCCCCAAGUGUCUCAGUGCCCCCAUGUCUCCCAAUGUCCCCAUGUCUCUGUGUCCCCUGGUAUCCUAGUGACACGGGAAACACUGAGACAUGGGGACACAGGGAGAAAGGAGGACACUGAGGCACUGGGAGACUAGGGGACUGGGCGACAUGGGGACACUGACACUGUGAUACAUAGGGACACUGAUGCCAGGAUGGCCUUCCACUUCUUUGGACAGACAUGCCCCCUUUUUUGGUAUGUUCGCCCGUUUUGGCAGUUCUGGUCACGGGAUUCGCGUCAGUGGCCCACCCUUUUACCCCACCCAUUGACUUCCUACUUCACGGUAUACUGCUUUUAGGAGGUAUGGCUUUACUUGAAAGAUGAAAGCAUGAAUUAGAGAGAGAUUAGCAUAGAGUAUGUGUUUUCUUAUAGCUGCAUCCUUUGAGUUUCCCUCCAACACCAUCUUCACCAGAUACAUGAUGCUUGGGUGGUAUGGUUGUUUUAGUGUUUUUAGUUGAUAAGAUUCUGUAAUUAGACCCCAUCAUAACUGUCAGCACCAGGCCCACUGGGCUCUAAUCUGGCCCUGGUUCCGGCCACUACAAAGUUUGCCCUGAGGUUAGAGGGGACCAUGUUACUGGAGAGACUUAGUGUCUGGAGAGACUUAGUGUCUGGAUUUUAACUACAAUCUUGUGAGUGCAAUCUAAAAUAAAGCCUUUAUUAUUGAUUUUAGUGGUGCACUAUGUUUUGUGUCUCUCCCUCUUAAUCUUUUAAUUAAGAGGAAGAAUUCGGAGCUCCUCCAAACUUCAAAAUCAAGAUUUUGAUACGCCUAUCACUUACUGCCAUCUUGUAAGUGACAUUUGCCACAAGCGCAAGUUUUAUUAUUUUAAUAUACUGCACCAUUAUUGGUUUCUGUGUGCUCUUAAUCCAAUUUCUGCUUUCUUUUGAGGUAAUUUUCCUAGAUUUUGGAAAUUAAUCCAAUAUUUAGCCCUAUGUUGACAAAAAAGUUAGUUACUUUACAUGUGUGUUUUCAAAAGACAAAUUCCACUUAUUUUUUGUUGAUUUAUCUUUAACGAAAUGAACACUCCACUCCAAGCACCAUACUCACUACAGUGCGCUCUACUGGUUACGGUGCUAGGAGUGCCGUUCCUUGCCUGGGGUCCUCCAUGUGCCGUUCCUGACUCCAAUGCUGCUCAGUGAGAGCUGGAAGCUCUCUGUCUGAUCUAAGCCGGGUUCUUCGGGACUUAGCUCAUUGCCUGAGCGCAAUAGGCUGAAGUUCUGGCUCAGAGAAGCUAAUGGAAACUACAUCAUAAGGAUUUCCGUCUCUCUUGUAGCUGUAGAAUGGUUAAGUUCCUUAAAAUUGUUGGCACAGCACUCCUGGCACCAUAACCACUACAGCAUGCCCGUGCCGUUCUCGCUAUUGGUGAAGGAAACAGAAGGAAACAUCUCCUUUCCUCCUUAUAUUGUAUUAUAUUGUACUGUUAUCACAGGUUAUUGAUUGUUCUUCAACAAGUAAAAUUGCCAGUUCAUUUCAGAAUAAAGUUCCCACACUAAUUGGCCCACGUUUAUAUUGUUUAUGUAACUGAUGUCAGUAAAACAACCCAUUACCUGAUCCAGGCCAGUUAUCAUGUUGCAUUUAGGCACAUUAAUGCAAAAACUUCCUUGCUCUCUUGUGUGAGAAUUAUCCAGGAAUAUUUAAUGGCUGCGAUAAUGCAAAGUGGUAACAGAACGGUAUAUUUUUUAAUACUUCCGCAUAAUGCUCUAUAAGUCUGUGAACCUUGGCAGUGUUUCUACAAGCUCUUAUGCUUUACUUAGUUUUCAUUACAGUUAUCCUAUACAUUUUAUAUUUCUAAACAAAGCCAUUCGUCUACCACUGCUUCGUAGGUAAGUCAAAAUAAGCAAGGAAAGGCAAAUUCAUUUUGGAAUAUAUUUUGCAAGCCUGGUAGUCAUCACAUUUCCUUAAACAUCCUUGUUUAACCACUUAAGGACAUAUGACACGUGUGACAUGUCAUGAUUCCCUUUUAUUCCAGAAGUUUGGUCCUUAAGGGUUUAAAGAUGCCUUUCAGGUAAUACUAUUAUUAUGUCUGUUUGUUUUCUUUAGGACGAAGUUAAUCAGAUUAUGGAAACCAACCUUUGGUUGAAACAUGUAAGUAAUUUAAUAUUACUCUUGUGUAAUUAUAUUUCCAGAUCUAGGUAUAUAACCUACAGUUGCAGUAGUCAAAUGCUUUAAGUGAUUUGUGACAGAGAAUAGCUUACCUCCCAAUAUUUUAAAUGGAUAAAGAGGGACACUUUAAUUUUAAUGGUGUCAGUGUGUUCUUACAAAUUUGCGGUAACUUGUUAAUAACAAUUUAUGCAACUAAAAAGUAAUUUAGAGCAACACCAAUUUAUCUUAUUUACACAAUGUGAUUUCUAAACAGAUUUAUUUAAAGACGCAUCACUUUUAAUGUUAUUGCUGUGGAACUGUUAUACACUCAGACACACCAACAAUAUGGAGCUAGUAGAAAAGUGGGACAGAUGGAUUUGGGCCCAAAAUAGGGACUGUCCCUGCUGAAUAGGGACACUAGUGAAUAAUGGACCUCUGAAAAUUCUGAACACUGCUUGAGAACAGUGACUCACAGGGCUGGCUGUGAAUGAUGAAUUCCACAGAACUUGUAUAGAAAAUGUAUAUAGUAUUAAAAUGAUAUUUCUCCUUUGCUCAAUAAACUGUAGGCAGUAUUACAAAAUACAUCAAUAUGAUUUUGCAAAAACAAACAAAAUGGACAAAUCCAUCUAUUUUGUAAAGAGAUUUACUGAAUUUGAUAAACCAACCUCCCAUGUAAAAAAAAUAUAUAAUUCUACAUCUUUAUAGUUCUUAAUGUAAAUAACUAUUUCCUCUGACAUAGGUAAAAUCUCCUUCUUUCAAGUCUCAGGUAUUCCAUUUACUUGAGUUGGAUCAAUAUUAAUAUAGUUGGAAAUGGUCUUAAGAGCAAUAUAUGUCUUUCAUGUAAGUGGUUUAUUAGUAGAAUUGUACUGGUAUAGCUUUGUUAGAAGUGAUAUCACUUAGGGACAUCAUGCGGUUUCUUAUAUCUCUUUAUUAAAUUACAGUUGAUGCACAAGUCAUAUUGUAUGUCCAGCAUUUCCUUUGAUAAUAUAAAGGCCCUUGUUAGUCAUAACAGUUAUGUGCCUUGAUCAGUAAUGCAAACUGAUGGACAUUAAUAGAGAGACCAUUAAAAGACCAGUUAAGGCAAUUAUUCACUUUGCAACAAAAAACAAAUGCAUAUAAAUCCCCAUAUAUGUUCUAUGAGUCAUAUUGUGGUAAAAGCUACAGGAUGUUUAAGUAAAGUUCAGUAACUAUCCUGGAUCAGGGCGCAUGUGUGGAAUGUCAGGAACAUCCGCUAUUAGGUAACGUAUGUAAGAGAUACGUUUAAGUUUAAUAAUUGGUUGUAGCUAUAGUGAUGUAGGUGUAAUUUUCGUAUUCUCUUUAUAUGUAAGGAAUACGUUAUUUGUAGUAUAUAUCCUUUAUUCUCUUGUAAACGUGUGCUUAGUUGGGUAUUCCAAGACUAUUAUCUGACUGAGACCUCUGCAGGUGCAAAAACUAAUAAAUACCCUUUGUUCUUCAAUGACCUGUGUACUUGUUUCAUCUCUGACUCGAGAAUUCUAUUUCAAUAUCUUGUCUUUGGCAAACUCCCCAAACAAGCUCCAUGCAUAUAAUCUUAUUGAAUCAAUGUAGGUUUCCAGGCAAACUGCAGAACAAUAUCCAAUGAUGAACCUAUGAGGAAGCAAUGUAAUGUAUUUUCUAGAAUUAAAGUAGAUGAGCUAGUGGAAUGCUGGGAACUUUUCUGCUUGCUAUGCGACAAAACAUCAGCAUUUGGUGUGGUUACUGGGAUAAAUACAUUCUAAAACGUAACAAUAAUACGUGUCAUAGGUUUUAUAAUCAGUCAUUAAACAACAAAUGGACUGCAAAAACAAAAUGAAAAAAGACCAAACAAAUAUAUUUGCCUUCUUAAUUUCGGUCUGAGUCAAUGUAGGGGUGAAUAUUCCCUUCAAUGUGUUUUGAUAUUGCUUCACAGUGAUGUAUUUUACAGACUAUGCAAAACACAAACAGCCAUUAAAAGCAAUAUUUGGACUCGAUCUUUUUAGUGACUUUAUGGAUUUGUGCUUCUUUCCUGUUGCUGCACUUUAUUAUUUAUUUGUGCUGAUUAAACUGAGUAUUUUAUUGGCAUUGACUGGUCAAAGGAAUAUGUUUUUGAUUGGUUACAUUGAAUUGCAUUUAAUUCUCUGUGACAAUGAUCCUAGCCUACUGGUGUUUCCUUGUGUUCCAGAUAUGGAAUGAUUACAAGUUAAAAUGGAACCCCGAUCAAUAUGGAGGCAUUGAAUUUAUUCGAGUACCUGCAGAUCAGAUCUGGAAACCUGAUAUUGUUCUCUACAACAAGUAAGAAUGUUUAGGUACCCUAAACGGAAAUACUGCUUAUUUAUUACUCUGAACCCUCAUAAUAGGUUAUAAGGAUAUUUACCCAGGACACAUCACCAGAGUGGGCCUCCAAAGUCAUGUUUCACACCCUUUUGUAAAAUAAUUAGAAGGCUUUGAAGCGCGGCUUCAAGCCACACCUCCAAACCCUCUUGGUAUGACAGCCGUGACUGUUACUUCCUGGAUUUUAUGCUGUAACAUAUCAUUAAGUAAAGUGUGCAUGCACAGUGCUGUCACGGGCGCCCAUAGAGAUUCACUGAGCGCUGCACAUGCACCUCAUAGAGGAGCAUUGAAUUGGACCACCACCAUGGAUGCAUGCCUCCAGGAUGCCACAAGCCAAGAUGAGGCCAAGGAAACACUGAGGGAGAAAAGGUCAUUUGGAGAAAAGGUCAAUUUGAAUAAAAUGUUAGAUUUUUUUUUUAAAUUAACUUUUGGGGUGCCGUCAAUGUAUUAGAAACAUCAGGACUGCAGUGUUAGGAUAUACAGAUAUGCAUUCCUAAUCCUAACACUGAAGUGUUCCUUUAAAAUAUAUCCUUCUCAAAAUGCACUCCAAGUGUGGGAAAAUUGUAACUCUAAUGAUUUAAAGAGCUAAAUUGCAGAUAAUAAAUUACAUAACAGGGAGUGAAAAUAUGUAUAUAUCUCCAGCCAAAUAGCACUGCCACUGGGGAGCAGUGGGAAUGAAAAAUCCAUUAAGGCAAAAAGUUAAAUGGAUAUAAAGCACUCCAAAUGUUUCUGUAUCCAGUACACAAGUGAAUAUAGCCCAAUCCAGGAAACAAAUAGAAAACGCCUAAAGUGCAAUAACAAUUCAGAUUACAAUAUCAGUACUAGACCAUAAGCUGGAGGAAAAGAAAAUCAAACUUCAUCUCUGUCUUGCUACAUAGCCCCCAAUGCAUGCUUUGCACAUUGCUCAUUAGGGAUCCCCUCAGAUUAAAGCCAGACUGCCCACAAUAUUAUUUGAGGGCCAGGAGUGUAGCAGUAGAGCAGUCCACAGAUAGAUGUUUUUUCACAGGUUUAUUGAAUCAAUGCGGAAUGGGGAGAUGCAGAUUGGCCAGGGCUGUGUUUGGCUUGCGCUGUCUCUGCCCCAAUCUGCCUCCUUGACACUUUCAGCCAAUCACUAUGCUUUCCUAUGGGAAAACAUUGUGAUUGGUUGAGAUCACUACUUCUGAUGAUGUCAGCCAAGGAGGCAGAUCAGGGACAGAGCCAGUAGCAGCAGGCUGAAAUAAAUGUAAGAUUUUUACUAUAUUUAGGGGGCAAGGCAGAGCCAGCAAGGCUAAAUGGUGUUUUUAACACUAGAGGGUCAGGAAUACAUGUUUGUGUUCCUGACUCUGUAUUGUUCAUUUAAGUUAAAGCUCCACAGUGCUUUCUCUACACACUUAUGCGAAUUGCGACAAUCCUUCAACAAACUAGCCUUUGGCACAUCCCAUGUUAAACAUUCUGUGGAUAUCCAACCAUAAUAUCUCUCUAGAUGACAUAAACAAAGCACCACUUCUCUUAUCUUACUUAUUGUCCUAAGUGAUGAUUCAAGAGAUGCACUUCAGAAUUAUAUGUCAUGCCUAUUUUCCUCUUGAAAAGCAUCACAAAGUGAGCUUAUGCUCAUGCCCUUUGGACACUUGCAGUAAGAAUGGCGCCACAGGAAAGCCCCUGAACCAUUGCUUGUGGAACUUUGUUCUGGUUAGGAACUUCUAAAAUACUUAAAGAAACACACUAAGAAUUCUCUUUCAGUCUUCUGUUGAAGCCUACAUCCUUAACAUUUUAUUAUUAUUAUUAUUUAUAAAAUAUUUUACCAGGAAAGAUACAUUGAGAUUUCUCUCGUUUUCAAGUAUGUCCUGGGUAACAUAAGCAUGGGAUAGACACCAAGGCAUAUUAAAAUAAUACAGGUGGCCUUGGCGUAACCCGUAAAACCAUACUAAACCAAUUGACCCAAUCCCAGCCGCAUGAUGGCCUGUUUGAAUAAAGACCAGAGUCCCAAACAUGUUUUCACUGUAUGGGGGCCUAUAUACAACAAAUAUUGACUCUGACCUUUGUCACAACUAACUCAUGGGAUAGAACCAAUAAUGCCUUAAUUUGUCAUUUAGUGUAUAACCGGGUUAUUGUAUUCUAAAUACAAAGGCCUCGAAACAUUCUUACUAUACUGAUCCAUAAGAAGGGUGGUAAAAUUAUUGAGUAAUAAUUGCUGGAUUAGUCAACUAAUUGAUUGAUAACUUAUCUGCAAUUUCUUUCUGUAUUAAUCCUGGAGAUGUUUUCAAAGUUUUGUCUUUGUUGGGUUCAUGCUGAGCUUGAAGAGAGGAUGGGAGGUACAGGGAAAUUGACAAUGAUGCAAUGAAUAUGGUUUGUUAAACAUGACUCUCAAACUGCUUACUUUUUUAAUUAUUGCAUCACCACAUACAUUGCAUUAUGGUUUCUUUGUUGAAGCUUGUCUUUCAAUAAAAAAAUGUUGAGACUAAAAAAUAUAUUGUAUUUUUGUUUCCAGUGCAGUUGGUGCCUUUCAAGUGGAUGACAAAGCAAAAGCCUUGUUGAAAUACUCUGGAGAUGUAAUUUGGAUCCCACCAGCUAUAUUCAAAAGCUCCUGUAGGAUUGAUGUGACCUUUUUCCCAUUUGACUACCAGAACUGCACCAUGAAGUUUGGCUCCUGGACCUACGAUAAAGCAAAGAUCGAUCUAGUAAUGAUUGGCUCUGCCAUUAACCUGAAAGAGUACUGGGAGAGUGGAGAAUGGGUUAUCAUCAGCGCUCCCGGAUACAAACACGAGAUAAAAUACAACUGCUGUAUAGAAAUUUAUCAGGAUAUCACGUAUUCCCUUUAUAUCAGACGUCUACCGUUAUUCUAUACCAUUUACAUGAUAAUUCCGUGUCUCCUUAUUUCUUGUCUUACUAUACUAGUUUUCUACUUGCCUUCAGAUUGCGGAGAGAAAGUCACCUUGUGUAUGUCUGUUCUUUUAUCCCUAACAGUGUUUCUUCUGGUUAUUACCGAAAUCAUCCCCUCUACUUCAUUAGUCAUUCCACUUAUUGGUGAAUAUUUACUUUUCACAAUGAUAUUUGUUACACUUUCCAUUGUCAUUACCGUAUUUGUGUUAAAUGUGCAUUACAGAACGCCUAAAACACACACUAUGCCACGGUGGGUAAAGAAAAUCUUCUUGCAGUUACUUCCAAAAAUUAUGCUCAUGACCCGACCAGUUAAAGAAGAUUCUUCUACUGUGAAAUCACCAUUAAAUGCAGAUAUAUUUAACAUAACUAGCAUCAGCAGUUCCGAGAUACAAAGCUAUACGGACCAAAUGUUUUAUCAGGACAAUGCAUGUCCAUGUGGCCAGCAAAAAAGAUUUUACCCCCCAGAAGUUGCAUCCAGUCUAACGAGGGGCUCUAGCCUAGAAUCCAUGGACAAUCAGGUCUCAAAUUCUGGAUUAUCCCUCGAGAUACGUGAAGCCAUUGAGAAUGUGCAUUUCAUUGCACAGAACAUGAGAAUCCAGAAUGAAGCCAGAGAGGUACGAACAUUUUGACCUUUUACAGUAUGUGUGUGUGUGCAGGUGUUUAGCAACAACCUGGGAACUUCAAGUUAGCUGGCUACCAGGUCAUUUGAGCAUGUAGAACUCUGUACUGGAAUAUAUAGAAAAGCUUGAAAAUAGGUUAAAGUAAAAAGCAAAAAAGGCUGAAAACUGUAGGAAGGCUAAAAUAUAUAUAAGAAUAUAUUUAUGAUAUAUGGGAAGGCUAGUAAUAUACAUAAGAAUUAUCGUUACUGAAUUUUAUGGACAGAAAAAAUAAAUGAAUUAUUGGAAAGAAAACACCACCCAAAGGUGAGAAACCAUACAAAGGUAACAAUUCUGAGACACUGGGCAAAUAGACACACCUCACCACCUUAUAUUAUAAUUAAAAGUUUUAUUAUUCACUUUUUGAUGGGUAGCCUGUAAAUUGCACUUAUUUGGUUUAUUUUCUAUCUCUGUGCUCCUGGCCAUUAUCUUUACUCUUUCUAAGUAUGGUAGGCACACAAACUAUUUAGUAUGUGCCAAGGUUGCUUUAGUACUAUGAAAAAAAUAAUAAUAAAUAAAUAGAGUCUCAAAUUAAAGUGAGACUCAAAGCUGUUUUUUAUACAGAGUAGGGGAAGUAAAUAGUGGUGUGGGCUGCGACGGGUCAGACAAUAAGCCCAGAGUUUAAGGUAGGUGGGGAUUGCCAAAAAUUCUCACUCACAUAUAGUUCCAAAAAAGUGCGAAAAAAUAAUAAAUACUUUAUUGAUGCGUCAAAAAUAGAAAGCACUAUAUAUGGAACAGCUGCUGUGAGGCAAAAUGUACAAAAAGUCAUCAGAGGGUCCUCUGUGUCUUUAGAAAUAAGGCACAAAUCUCUAAACAAUAUACUAAACCCAAGCAGGAAAUAAAUAUUAAUUGCUAUGGGAAGUCCAUUAAAUAGUGGUUAGACUAGUACAGAAAGAGGCUCAGGAGAUCAGUAGUAUAAGCAGGAAUUAGCUAUUAACAAUAUAGGGACAAGUUUAGCAGCUAGAGGGCAUCAGAAUCUUCCAUAGAAGAAAGGCAUGUAUAGUAAUGAAGACAAAGAGGUAUUUAAAGAGCAGUCAAUAUAGAGGUGCUCAAAAAAUCUCAGAGGUUAACAAGUAGUACUGAAUCUGGCAGGUAGCACCAAACUUAGAAUAUACUGAGCUAGUACACCCUGCUGCUCCUAUGCCAACACCUUUGAGGGUGUUCUGUGCUGUCCCUAGUUUAAGUAUAGGCUGAAACCUCCCAAGAUUCUCCACCAACCAAAAACCUCAGAGCAAAGAAAAUUAAAGUGUUAGACACCUAGUGCCACCAUGAGUGAAAUUAAAAUAAAAUAAAUACAGGAAACCCGACGCGCAUUUCGGUGCGUAUAGCUGUACCUUCGUUAGGGGAUAAGAAUACCUUGGUUUCUGAAGUUGAAUUUAAAGCUCAGGUGACCAAUCCACGUCGUCCUCAAGUCAUGACUGAAUGUUCAUUAGCAGGUGUGAGGAGAGGCGUGAUGGGAGCGGGAAACAGGCGUCCACUCAGUGGAGCGAUAGCUCCUCCCUUUUCGGGUUGUCAUCAAAUCGUCUCUAAAUAACCAUUUGCAAAUGUGGGAGGAGGGCGGGAUGAGGGCAGAGAAAAACGGCUGCAUCAUGAGGCUGUAACUUCUCCCAUUUGAGUUUUGUAAAACUUUUGACUACUCUGUACUGUUACACCUGGUAGUACACUUCUAUGAGCACUGUUUGGAAUUGCAUUUCUUGAGUUGUAAACCUGAUGCAUAGUUAUUAUUAAUAUUAUGCAUCAUUAAAUAUAAAAUAAUAAUAAUGAUAAUGAUAAUUAUAGCAGCAGAGAUGGCGCUAGAGUUUGUGAGGCCUUAAGCAAAGCUCAUAUAAAAGAACCUUGUUGAUGUGCUCAACGUGACAGCAAGGGAGAGGCAUGAGGUGAUGCCCUAGCAAAUGUGAGGCCUUAGAAGGUUGCCUAUCUGGACUAAUUAUAGAACUGUCUCUGAAUAAAAAUGCUGUACAGUGGGUACAUGAGAACACAAGUAAAUUCAGCAACAGAAGCUUGACUUAAAGGAACAAUUGGUAAUGAGGGACCUGCUCAAACAAGCUUUUAAUCUUUUACGUGAUAAUGCAUGAUAAUGAAUAACGUUUGCAGUAUUUCGUUCUCUUACACUUGACUUUCUUAUAGUGAAGACAUUCAAAAUGAACUUUCAUAAUUGCACUACAAAAGGCUGAGCUAAAAAUGUGAUGGGCAUGUGCCCACGUUCCCUUAUGACUCUGUAUUAAUAGGUAUACUUUUGUAUUAAAAGUACACUUAAUGGACUAUUCACUAGCUAAUCUAGGUAAAUGUAAAACUCUAGACUCUAGAAUAUUGGAAAUAGUCUCCAAGUCAGGUAUAUUUUUAGUUUGGCUAUUCUGGUCUAAAAUAUUAAAUUUACUUUGAAUUUCUCAAAAUCCAUUAGCGAAUGAUCCUGUGGAUUUAAUGAAUUAAAAAAAAUUAAUUGACCCUAAUGCACAAACACAAACCAGUUUGUAAAAUCAUCUGUUGCAUUCACUCUGUUAAUAGGGUUACCGAGUCUAAUGAUGUUUGCAAUGUUUCCCUUUAGAUUCGGAAUGACUGGAAGUACGUUGCCAUGGUAAUUGAUCGCAUUUUCCUGUGGGUGUUCGUGCUGGUCUGUAUUCUGGGCACUGCUGGACUCUUUUUGCAACCUCUGUUGCUUGGAAAUUGA